AUGGCCAAGGGCACAGAUCACACUGAACACAGGGUUGGUAAUUAUCCAUGAAUGUUAAGCAGCUCAUAGUUUUUCAGCAGACAUUAAGUGGUAGCCUCUGGUCUCCUCCUUCCCCUCAGACAUCUUUUUCUCUUUUUUAUUAUAACCCAUGAUUUACAAUUUGGUGUUGUUUAUUUAAAAACGGGCAAUGUUCAUUUGGAAGUGAAAUUAAGUGUCUGACCAUACUUUAGUAAUUUAAGAACGUAUUAUGGAUUCUCUUCAAAUGCAGACUUCUGUACUAACCCUUAGGACUAUGUGGAGAAUGUCUCUUCAUCCUUUGUCUUUCCAUUGUCUCUCUGAAGGGAUGCAUAGUAUGGCCUUGCGUAAUGCUCAUAAGAUUGUUUGCAAGCUUUUUGUCUAGAUUGUUUGUAGACCUUUUGGCUAACUAAUUGCUUUACUGGGUUUAACAGUGGCUCAACAUGGCAUGUUCAAUGUGUUGACGUUCAUCUCUGCCAAGGGUUAUGUGCCAUUGUAUUUAAGAGGGCCUUUUGUAUUCCAUUUCACUAUGUGCUGCAACUAGACUCUAUUGGGAGUUGGGGAUGGUAGUUAGGGGAUACAAGGUCCUUGGCUUGCUUUAAUUUUACAGUUAUUUUUAUAGCUUUGGCCAUCUGAGAUGUGAUAGCACUUUAUUUUAAGUGGUUUUCAUAAAGCAAACCUAAUCUGCUCAUAAUAACACUUGUCCAACCUGAUCCUGACAUUCUGUAGAAUGACAGACAUUUUGAGUGCUCUAUGAGACGCCUAAACCAGAAGGAACGACCGGGAUUUCUUGGCAAUAGGACCACCACUUUAGCACCUGUCAGACAGCAAGGACAGCUCAAAAUGAUCCCUGACAUUGGCAGUAAGCAGUUCCUGUCUCAAUAACAAGCAAACACAACCAAGUGAACAGCUCUGUGUGACCCCAUCCUUAGUGAGGAUGACCCUGUGGGAGCCAAAACAUGUCUGUUCAUUAAUGAACACAUGGGGACAGAGAGAUCCGACUGGCUCUCCAACAGUGGGGAUAUUAUACUGCUUACUCCAGCCUAAUCUGCUGCUUAGAGAGGGGGGUAUGUACACUUGAGCCUAUGGGAGAUCAGUUAAGUCCCUCGGACAUUGGAUCACUAAGAAAGAAAAAUCUCCGCCUGAGUUAUAUAUUUAAGCAAUAAGGCCUGAGGGGGUGUGGUAUAUGGCCAAUGUACCACAAACCCCCAAGGUGCCUUAUUGCUAUUAUAAACUGGUUACCAACGUAAUUAGAGCAGUGUUUUGUCAUACCCGUGGUAUACCACGGCUUUCAGCCAAUCAGCAUUCAGGGCUCGAACCACCCAGUUUGUAAUUUAUAGUAUACUAUACAGACCGUUGAUGUUGAUAACUGUUGACAUACCAAAUGUUAGUUCUGUACUUCAUUCUUUCAUCAAGCACAACGCCAUGACUCAGACCAACAUGGAUGACCUUAUCCUACAAUGAUUUGUGAUUAAAGAGCUGUUUCACGUUUUUAACAGCAUUCAAUGAGAGGAUGUCAGUUUGGCUUCCAUGACAUGUAGCUACAGCUCCAAAAUGAAUGUGUUUCAUGUCAUACUGUCUUCAUCAUGGUGUGCCAAUACCCUAAUCACUGCUAAGAUCCCACCGCUCACACCAUGUGUUGAACAAAACUUCAAAGGAAGCUCCUUUUGUUAUUGGUGAAAUCAUUUUGCUACGGUUACAUUUACUCAGGCAAACAGCAUAUAGGGAUAAGCCUUGGGAAUGCUCCAGAUAGUUUACCCCCUGCCUCUUUUGUGCCGAAAACCCCAGACACCCCAUUUCAAAAGGCUAUUAAAUAAACCCCAAUCUGAUCGGUAGCCAACGGAUGUCCAGACAUCCCCUGAAUCACAACUAUAUAUGAUACAUGUGUAGUCUGACAGCAGGGCAUUGAUCUUGUGUUGAUAUAGGGGGAAAUAAAACAGCCAUGUGUGAUGUGCUUUGAGGCUUCUGUGGACAUGCUUGACACGCUGAUUGAAGCCAGUUCCUACCAGCAAGAUCAGCAGCUGAGAGAGGAGAUGAGUCCACUAAUAGGCUGUCAUCUGAGGCAUUUGCGUCUGAUAAUUGCAGGAAAUGUUUCAGCCUGUUUCAUCCAGACUAGUGUCCUUUGUCCUCCACAGGGGGGCAAUCGGUUCAUGGGGCAUCAUGGGUAAACACAAGGCACCCUCACCCGGAUACCACUCAGCCUGAGGCCACGCUCUAACACAAUCAAUUGGCUGUAGAUGGAAGGGGUUGGUGUGAGGUGAAGCUGUCCAUUAGUCUCCUCUUCUUUCUCGGUUGUUCUGUGCUAUCACUAGCCUGUGGAUAACAGUGUCAGAGCACAACAUGGUCACGGAUUAGGUUGAGCUGAAUGACUCAAUGAACAACACUGCUAUUAAGCCGCACCUUUUUUAGUGUGAUGAGGUUUGGUGUGGGGCUAAAAGCCAGAGAAAGCUCUCGUGUUACGGCUGCAAUGGAGACUUCAUUCAGAGUAAUAACGUGGAGCUGAAAGGGGAGCUAUAGUCGAAUAGCUGAUGUACUAAUCUUUUAGUGCAUGAAUUGUAAAUGUGCUGUAUGUCUCUGUCGGCGGGUAUGAAGGCGUGGUCGGGGUUCUUUAUGACAUUAUUGGUCUCCAUCGAUCCGUCCACUGCGCCUGCGGAUGUGGGUUAAUUCUACGUCCUGGUUGAUAUUUGUAUGGUUUGCUUUUUCCAAAUGAUCCAUAAACUACCGCCCCAGAACCCUACCACUGUACCACUAAAUUCCCUCAUCACCAAGUACAUUAAUGCAAUUUGAUCAAGUAAGCCCUAAAAUAAUCAAUUUGCCAUCAAUUGAUAUACUGUAUAGUGUACACUAUAUCCACUUUACCAUUUGAUGUUAAAAUUCCUAAUUCUUGCCUAUUUCAAUGUUAUUUUAACCCUGUCUGUGUUGUGUUCCCAAGGGCCAUGGGGCAGAUGCAUGGGCAGUGACUGUGGCCCAGGAGGCAGCCAGAGUCGGGCUGUGUGGUGUGCCCAUGUGGACGGCUGGACCACCCUCCACACCAACUGUGACCAGUCCCAGCGGCCUUCCAACCAGCAGAACUGCUUCCGUGUGUGUGACUGGCACAAGGACCUUUACGACUGGCAACUGGGUGCCUGGAACCAGUGUGUGUCCGUGUCAGCAAGGACCUUUGGGGGCAUGCGGCCAUACGUAUGCAAUGGGGGUGAGGAGGGCAUUCAGACUCGGGAGGUGGGCUGCAUACUAAAGUCCGACGAGUCUCCCGGAGAGGACACCAUCUGUGAGUACUUUGAGCCCAAGCCUCGACUAGAGCAGGCCUGCCUCAUCCCCUGCCCUCAGGACUGUGUAGUGUCUGAGUUCACCCCCUGGACGUCCUGCUCAAAAACCUGUGGAACCGGUCCUAAAGAACCGGGUGCGCAGUGUCCUGGUGCCUCCGCUCUUCGGGGGUUCCGCCUGCCCCAACCUGACCGAGUUCCAGACCUGUAAGCCAGGGCCUUGUAAGGGGCCUGAGGGGGUGUACAGCCUCAGGGUGGGGCCCUGGACGUCCUGUUCUCUCCCCAUUUCCCGGCCGGUGCGGCAGGCCAAACGUAGGAAGGGUAAAGGGGGGGCCAGGGAGAGGCCUGGGGUCAAAGACCCUGAUACUAGGGAGCUGAUCCAGAAGAAACGGACCAGGAACCGGCUCAACAGGCAGGAGAGUCCCUUCUGGGACAUCCAGGUGGGAUACCAGAGUCGCACGGUGUCCUGUGCACACAGGAACGGGAGCACGGUGGGACUCAGGUAAGUGGCUCAGCAUCAGUAUUUCAGGGUCUGGGGUAAUGCUGUUGUCUUAGUUUGUGUCUGUGUGCUGGUUGUCCUUUAAAAUUGUACUUUUACUCUAAAUGGGCAAACCAUGAUAUUUCAUUGGUCAUAGGAAACCAUGUGUUUUUGUCCUUUCAGAACUGUAAUUAUGUGAGUCAUCAUAGUGAGUUAUCUCUUGGCUUGUCCUUAAAUAACACUCAAUCUUAAAAUAGGCACAAACCUGCCACAUAUCUAAACAGGCCCUUGUAACAGGCCCCCUUGUUUUUAUCUCCUUCAGAACUGUAAGCACAGUAUUAUGUUGUGAUGUGAUGUACUGUACUGAUGUACAGUGGAUGACAGGUAGGGGAAUGGUUAUUUGUCUCUGCUUUGCUGUCAAAGCAAUGGAGCACUCCCACUUUCUGGUGUCUACUUUCAACUCUAUAUUCACUGGUGCUCAUUCCAUGUCAGGGAUUGAAUCGUAGCCAGCACUUUGUAAAGCACUUUGAAAAGUAUUCUGUGAUCUUCGACUGUAAAACAGCAGGAUGAGUUGCACAAUGCACAUCAUUGUAUUGGUAUUGUUACGUGUGAGGAAAGAGAAAAGCAUUUCAAAUCAAAAAGCUUGAUUACUAAGAGUAAUUUCAGUUCAACUUAAAAAAGUACAGUCAUUUAUUUUUAAAUGCUGUUGACCAAAUACUUGAUGAUUCAGGUUCUUCACAUACUGUAUCUUAUAUGCAAUAUAUAGUAGACAAGACUGCAUGCGUGCCCUCCAAGUAAACUGACAUUUCCUUGGGCCCUGUCUUGGCUUGAGGCGGUCCCUAACCCUGUCUUGCCUUGAAGCUCUUUAUUUGGCGUUGAAUGAUGUCUUUGUUUUAUGCUGAGUGACAGUAACUUCAAAUGUCAGCAUGGUACCUCUCAUCUUAGAAUCCAUGAGGUCUUUCAUCUCUAGCAAGGAGAGCUACGGUCUCCGUUAUAUAGCAUUAUAUAGAUUUGAUCAAUUAUGUACUAAAUACAUUCAUUAAUGCGCUGUUGGUGCAAACUUCUCAGCAGUGGCUGGGAUCAAAUAUUUCAAAAGAACCGUGAAAAUAAAUCUCAUGCCCUUAGGAAUGUAAAUAUUAAUAUUUUAUUUGUUUAUUUCUAGUUCUGAAAUAUUCAUAAUUGUUUUUGCCACUUCAGAAAAGUGGAACAAACUUCCCAGCAAACCAAAAUAGUUUCUGUGGAAGUUCCCAGAACAUUCGUUAGGUUGCGGCAAUGUUCUCAUAACGCAAAAACUGUCCAGUUGUGAUGAUGAUUAUACAAUGUUUGUAUAAAACAUUUGCCUGAUGUUGCAAGAAUGUUCCCAGAACGUUGCUCUCAUAUUUUGUUGUGUUAUUACAUUACCUGGAAACCUAAUGAGAACAUUUGGGGGAAUGUUCUGUGGUGGUUGUUACAGAUGUUGUGCACAAUAUCUUAGUGAAUGUUAAGAGAACAUUCCAAGGAUAUUUCAUUUAAAACAUAAAAAAAACCACAUUUUGUUAUCAAAAACAUUCUUUGUAUGUUUUUGGGAUGUUAUCAUCCUAAUGUUAGAUAAAACCCUAACUAGAACUUAAUGAGAAUCUUCGCUAAUGUUCUGAAAAUGUUCCCGGUUUGCUGGGUUCUCUCUGAACAGAUAACCCAGUGAAUCUAGGCAGUCGUCUUCCAAACAUAUUGCUGACUUCAUUUCCCAUUUUGUUUGAUCAUCAUCUGUGAUCAUUGGGCCACAGCUUUCUCUUGACUCAUUAGACUUUGCUAUAGCCUGGUUGUAGAAUAGUGUCUGGCUUCACAUGUAAUCAUAUGAAAUCAGCAUGCAUGUGUAGGCUAUUUACUGUAGGUUCCAGCUUGCAUGGUGGCCUCUGAGGUUUCCAUUUACCACCAGAAGCACUUCUAGAAAGUAUAACUUUAUAUAUUUUAGUUCAAAUUUGAGUGUCCCAAAUGGCACCAUGCUUAUGUUUCUCUUCACUGGCCUCAUUGGCCUUACAACCAUUCCACUCUGUUUUCUAAACUGUGUUUUCAUCAAGGCGCUAAAUAAGAUUGUUAAAAGAUUUCUCACAGGGUUUCACAUUCCCUGACCCACAUAGCACAGCCUGUUUUGUAGGCUUCAAUUGUACAACAUAUUUCUUAGCCAAAGUCUUGUCUAAUAAUAAUAAUAUGCCAUUUAGCAGACGCUUUUAUCCAAAGUGACUUACAGUCAUGUGCGCAUACAUUUUUACGUAUGGGUGGUCCCGGGGAUCGAACCCACUACCCUGGCGUUACAAGCACCAUGCUCUACCAAUUAAGCUACAGAGGACCAUGUUUGUGUUCAAUGUGGAUAUUCUUCAAAAACCAAACUCUGUUUUGUGGAAUUUCAUGGAAUUUCUUGUUGUUUGUUGUAUAACCUUUAGUGGUUUUAAAAUGAGAGUUUGAGGGUUUUUGAAAUGUUAUUACUCUCUUAUUUCAAAUGAAAUUGUUUGUCUGUCCCUAUUCUGUCUGACGGAGAUACAAAAAUAAUGACUACUUUCAAGACUUCAAAACCCCCAAAACAAUGCAGAAUAUAAUAAAAAGUCGACACAACAAAAACAUUAAAUACUGAAAGGGAUCGAGUUGCCGUGAGCUUUAAGGCUUUUUAAGCAUGUGUGAAGUUUCAUCUGAGUCAGGAAGCGAGCCAUUAUCCUCACUGUGUCACAAAACCUUUGUUUUAAUUCCUGAAUGUUUUUCACUGAGAAUUAACUCUAUCAGCGUGCCUUGUUGGCAGCACAACUAAUCUCGUUGUGACGUCACACCUGCAGGCCCACCACAUCAAAUAAUUCAAGGGUAUCUUGAUCUGUGGAGACAGAGGGGUUAAAAACACAACUCAGACUCUUUUUCAAGCGUUUUCAAACCAUUUCUAGCCGAAGUGUGAGAAGCUAGAGGUGAAGGUUGGCAUUGGCGUCGUCUAAAUGAGAGGUUUCUAAAUGAAGCAGAGCUGUAAUUAGCACUAAAAGCUCGUCAGCUGCAACGCCUCAGGGGAAAGACGAUGCACACUGCAGAGCAAGGAACAGAAAAUGGUUGGCUUUAAUUCCUAAUAAUUUGAAGGAGCUUAAAGAGGCAGCGUUUAUUCAUUAGCUCUAAUUGCAAGUUGAAUGAUUAACAGAGUGAUUGCUUUUGGUGAUUGAUCAGUUGUUGUUACCACUCUAAUGCUUUUGAGGCACAACCCUUCAGAAUUGAUGUAGGUAUGAACCUAGUAUAAGUAACUUUAUGUUUCGUAUUGAAUUACAUGUACAAAACCCCUCUUUUUCAUGGCCCUUCGAGCCGGAUUUGAAACAGCAAUCAAAUUCACUACCUAAAUGUGGGGGCUGUUGUACAAAACCCUUUACAACUUUUUUUAUGCAUGUUUAUUAAGGUGUGAUGACUGAUGGGUUGAGGACUAGGGUUCAAUGCCAGUCCGUUCCCUAAGGAUUCUUGAGUACAGCUUAUUACAACAUGCUUAGUAUAACGUAAAUGCUACUAUAGUACAAGUAUUAGUUCAAUAUAGUACAUGAUAGUAUUAGUAUAAUGUACUUACAGUGCAUUCGAAAAGUAUUCAGACCCCUUGACUUUUUCCACAUUUUAUAACGUUACAGCCUUAUUCUAAAAUGGAUUCAAUAGUUUUUUUCCCUCAUCAAUCUAUACACAAUACACCAUUAUGACAUAGCAAAAACUGCUUUUUAGAAAUAUUUGCUAAUUUAUAUAAGUAUUCAGACCCUUUACUCAGUAUUUUGUUGAAGCACCUUUGGCAGCGAUUACAGCCUCUAGUCUUCUUGGGUAUGAUGCUACAAGCUUGGCACACCUGUAUUUCGGGAGUUUCUCCCAUUCUUCUCUGCAGAUCCUCUCAAGCUCUGUCAGGUUGGAUGGGGAGCGUUGCUGCACAGCUAUUUUCAGGUCUCUCCAGAGAUGUUCUAUCGGGUUCAAGUCCAGGCUCUGGCUGGGCCACUCAAGGACAUUCAGAGACUUAUCCCGAAGCCACUCCUGUGUUGUCUUGGCUGUUGAAAGGUGAACCUUCGCCCCAGUCUGAGAUCCUGAGCGCUCUGGAGCAGGUUUUUAUCAAGGAUCUCUCUGUACUUUGCUCCGUUCAUCUUUCUCUCGAUCCUGACUAGUCUCCCAGUCCCUGCCGCUGAAAAACAUCCCCACAGCAUGAUUCUACCACCACCAUGCUUCAUUCAGGCCAAAGAGUUCCAUCUUGGUUUCAUCAGACCAGAGAAUCUUGUUUCUCAUGGUCUGAAAGUUUUUAGGUGCCUUUUGGCAAUCUCCAAGCGGGCUGUCAUGUGCCUUUUACUGAGGAGUGGCUUCCGUCUGGCCACUCUACCAUAAAGGCCUGAUUGGUGGAGUGUUGCAGAGAUGGUUGUCGUUCUGGAAGGUUCUCCCAUCUCCAAAGAGGAAGUUUGGCGCUCUGUCAGAGUGACCACUGGGUUCUUGGUCACCUCCCUGACCAAGGCCCUUCUCCCCCGAUUGCUCAGUUUGACCUUGCGGCCAGCUCUGGGAAGAGUCUUGGUGGUUCCAAACUUCUUCCAUUUAUUGAUGGAGACCACUGUGUUCUUUGGGACCUUUAAUGCUGCAGAAUUAUUUUGGUACCCUUCCCCAGAUCUGUGCCUCGACACAAUCCUGUCUCGGAGCUCUAAGGACAAUUCCUUCGAGCUCAUGGCUUGGUUUUUGAUCUGACAUGCACUGUCAACUGUGGGACCUUAUAUAGACAGAUGUGGGCCUUUCCAAAUCAUGUCCAAUCAAUAGAAUUUAUCACAGGUGGACUCCAAUCAAGUUGUAGAAACAUCUCAAGGAUAAUCAAUGGAAACAGGAUGCACCUGAGCUCAAUUUCGAGUCUCAUAGCGAAGGGUCUGAAUACUUAUGUAAAUAAGGUAUGUCUGUUUAAAAUGUUUAAUACAUUUGCAAAAAUAUCUAAAAACCUGUUUUCGCUUUGUCAUUAUGGGGUAUUGUGUGUAGAAUGCUGAGGAUUGUAUUUUAUUUUAUCCAUUUUAGAAAAAGGCUGUAACGUAACAAAAUGUGGAAAAAGUCAAGGGGUACUGUACGUCCAGCUCAUUGAUGAAUGACCCCUGGCUUCCCAUUGUCUUCCGACAGGUGGUAGCGUCAAUCCUACACAAUGCUCUAUCUGACGUAAGACAAUGUGUGCUUCUUUGAUGAAUGAUACACUGCAAUAGACAGUACGAAAACCAACAUUCCACAAAUUCUACCUCAAAAUGUACCUCGACUGACUUUGAAACCCACUGACCACUAAUGCUUUGGUCUAGGACCACCAGCACACACAGGGCUCCCUCAGGACCAGCUUUCACAUCCACUGUCUCAAAUUGCAGGCAGACCGCAGACAGAUCUCAGAUUACUGACCUUGCCACUUCUGUUCUCACCUCUCCUCUGUGUUCCAGUCGGUGUCUACCCAGGGACCUCCCUCUGACGGUCCAGUCCUGCAUCCUCGCUAAGGACUGUGAGCUGAGCGAGUGGGCAGACUGGGGCCCCUGCUCCAAGGCCUGUGUAGACCCAGACCCUGAGUCCCCCCGGGGCCAACGCUCCAGGACCAGACGCAUGCUCCAGUUCUCCGUGGGGGAGGGGGAGGACUGCCCGCCGCUGGAGGAGACAGAGCCAUGUGACCCCCAGUGGGAUGGAGUACCGCCCUGUGCCACGUGAGUGAGGAUGUAUGGCUGUAUGUGUGGAAGUUCUAGUUUUACACUAAAUAUAUGGUGAGAAAGAUACUGAACAAUCAUGAGAGGCCUAGAGCUUGAAAGUGGGUUAAAUCAAUGUUGUAUUAGUGGAAUUUAAAAUUACGUAAUGUCGUGUCCAAAUGUAAUGUAUUACACAGUAGGAUCAGUGUGUCUAAAGAUACUACUGUACAUAGUUCAGGAACCUGAUAGCCCUCCAGGAAAUGUUCAACCAAUUGGAACCACUUAGUGCACUAACAUCCCAAAGUCUACUGGAUUCUCACUGACAGAGGUGAUACAUUCCUCCUGUUGAUUUCCCAUUAGCUACUUCACCUAGCUAAUUUGCUCUCCUGGGUGACCCUUAGGAGUUUGUUUGUGUGGGCCUGUGUGUGUGGUGGAGGAGAGAGCAUAUGGAGAAAGAUUGGUGCCGUAACAUAGCCUUUGAAAAUGGAUUAUUUUUAGAACUAAAAUGUACCUUUUCAUAUUACUCAUGUGUUACAUGGAUUGGAAGCAAUUAGACCAAAAAUGGAGCUGAUAGCUAUUGAAGUUGAAAUGGAACGAUAAGGAUUAGUGUAAUUCAAGUUUGGCAGCUGCAGCUGCAGCCUCAGAUGCAGGUUGAACAGAUCAACACACAAGUCACAAAUGUGUUUUUAUAGCACAGACAUGUCAGGGAUUUGAUUAGCUAAAGAAACCUCAGUCAGAUUACAAAUGUGUUUUGACAGCAUAACACCCACACACCCAUCUCUGUCUGUCACCGUCACAGUUACACAUGGAGGACUACAGAGUGGAGCGACUGUAGAGUGGACUCGUUGCUAAGCCAACAGGACCGUCGGCGUAGCAACCAGACCGGCCUGUGUGGUGGAGGGCUCCAGAAUCGAGAGGUGUACUGUGUCCAGGCCAACGCCGAACUGCUGACCUACCUCAACAACCUCAAAGACAAAGAUGGUAAUGAGGCUUUUCUAUAUAUAACACUUUUCUAUAACAAAGUCUUUCCUAUAUGUAAGGGACAAAUCGAAAUGUACUGGGGGGGAGGGGCUGGUCCAACUCAAGGUGUCAUAAAAAAAAAUAUCCCCAACGUAAAAAAUAUUUUCACAUGACCCUCACCUUGUGCAUUAAAAUAAAUGGAACACCCUCCCCCCUCAUAGAAUGAACUCAAAAUAAUGUUUACGACCACAAAUAACAAUAACUUUAGCGACCCUGUAUUUAUAAACGUGUAUAUCGACUUCAGCAUACUUUUGUUUCACAGUCGAUGGGCCAGGUUGGGGGUUCACCGACCAUCCCAGACGAGCUCACUCUCCCUGCCUGUUUCAUUAACACUACAAUCAGAACCGGCUGCAGACAAUGAUCAGCUAGGGGGAAAUCAGAUUUUCAACAUUUUGAUGCCAUAUUUAUAAUUAUAUAAAAUAUUGUAUAUGCAACGAGUUUUCCACCAACAGCUUUCUGUGCCAAUGAACCAUACAACCAAUAAACAAAGCAUACCAACAUUGGGCACUUCGAUAUCAUGGUUUGUGUUUUCAACACCACAAUAAAUAGACUAUGUCAAUCUCGACAAACAGAAAAUGCAUCCCUCCCUACCGUGUAGGCUUACCCAGUAUCAAAGGCUUGGCUUGACAAUCUCUGAAUGUCAUAAAACUUUUUGGUGUUUUGCAAUAGAUGUCUCUUUCCAUUCAUCAAUUGGCCGCUGCACAGUUUGGAUUGAUUGAUUGAUUUUAUUUGUCAGUAAAAAUCUCCAAUUUGGACUCCAGACCAAAGGACACAUUUCCACCGAUCUAAUGUCCAUUGCUCGUGUUUCUUGGCCCAAGCAGGUCUCUUCUUCUUAUUGGAGUCCUUUAGUAGUGGUUUCUUUGCAGCAAUUCGACCAUGAAGGCCUGAUUCACACAGUCCCCUCUGAACAGUUGAUGUUGAGAUGUGUCUGUGACUUGAACUCUGUGAAGCAUUUAUCUGGGCUGCAAUUUCUGAGGCUGGUAACUCUAAUGAACUUAUCCUCUGCAGCAGAGGUAACUCUGGGUCUUCCAUUCCUGUGGCGGGCCUCAUGAGAGCCAGUUUCAUCAUAGCGCUUGAUGUUUUUUGCGACUGCAAUUGAAGAAACUUUCAAAGUUCUUUAAAUGUUCCGGAUUGACUGACCUUCAUGUCUCAAAGUAAUGAUGAACUGUCGUUUCUCUUUGCUUAUUUGAGCUGUUCUUGCCAUAAUAUGGACUUGGUCUUUUACCAAAUAGGGCUAUCUUAUGUAGCCCCCCCCUACCUUGUCACAACACAACUGAUUGGCUCAAAUGCAUUAAGAAGGAAAUAAAUUCCACAAAUUAACUUUUAAGAAGGCACACCUGUUAAUUGAAAUGCAUUCCAGGUGACUACCUCAUGAAGCUGGUUGAGAGAAUGCCAAGAGUGUGCAAAGCUGUCAUCAAGGCAAAGGGUGGCUAUUUGAAGAAUCUCAAAUAUAAAAUAUAUUUUGAUUUGUUUAACACUUUUUCUGUUACUACAUGAUUCCGUAUGUGUUAUUUCAUAGUUUUGAUGUCUUCACUAUUAUUCUACAAUGUAAAAAAUAGUAAAAAUAUAGAAAAACCCUUGAAUGAGUAGGUGUGGCCAAACUUCUGACUGGUAGUGUAUAUACACAAAGAUUUCCAUUCUGGUCCCUAUUUUUACAUAAAUUCAUAUACAAUUACAUAGAUACAGACACAUUACAGAGAUAGAUAUGAAAAAAAGCUCAACCUCCAGAUGAGUAUGAGGGGGGAGUUUAAGUACAAUUCUUACAAGCUUGUUUGGCUGGUAGCAUAUUCUUUAGAUGUUUAGGGCUGCUGGUGAACCAUCAUGUGCAGGCAUAAUGAAAGUGACACGCGACUAGCGCACUAGCUAGGUUUCCAUCUAAUCGGCGACAGAUUUUCAUGACAAUAUUCUAAAAUCUUAAUAAAAACAAUAUGCCAUUUCAGCGAUUCCUUUAGGAAAAUAUGGUGCCAGACAACAUGACAGGGAAGAUUUUAAUUUACCAGACAUUUGAGAAAUUUACCAGUCAUCCAUAUGCAUUCAGAUCCGACCUGGAGCAGGCAGCGCCAUCAGUAAACGAGGGAUAUUGGCCAAAUGAGCCACAUUUACGUGUUCUUAAAAACAGCCUAUAACAAAUUACUAAAACACUUUUCCUUGUGUUUCAACAUGUAGCAUAUGCAAAACUUGAUAGACUAUUUUUUUUUUUUAUUGGCUUUUAGGGCAUUGCAUGAAUAGGCCUAUAGGCUUAGGUGUCCACUGUAUGAUUUUAACAUUUUAAUAAAUAUAUAUAGCCUAUAUAAAGGAAGAGAAGCUUAGGCCUAACCCCAGAGAGAUAGCGAGAGAUCGAGAUAUGCCGGUGGCAUGCUACAACACCGACAUGCAUUUCUUUAUGUCAGAUGGCUACUACAUCUGCUAUACAGAUAUAGACGUACAGAAGGAGGCUAAUUCAUACAUUUUCAGAAUAUUUUGUAUAAAGAUAAGCAUUAUAUUGUUAGAUUAUAGAAGUAACUCUGGUAGGCCUGAAACAGUCUUCCUCACCUCAAGUUCAACUGUCAGAGUCAGUUGGAGUGAUGGGGCGCAUUGCCUUCAUAUCAUAGGCCUGCAGUAGAACUUCACAAACGUUUCUACAUUUUAUUAGGGUAAUAUCAAAAGUAAGUCAAGCCGUUGUUAAUAGGGAAAAUAUGAUCAGAAGAGCAAAUGUAAAUCAGGGAAAAAUGUGCUACCCUCCCUGUGCCCAAUAUAAAGACUCACAACCCUCCCCAAAGCAAAAAACAAGUUUGACAAUUCUCCCCUAUUUUGGACCACCUGACCCCAAAGUGAAUUUAGAUCUGUCCCUAACACUUUCUUAUAACAAAGUCUUUCCUAUGUAAAACUGUCUCAAUACCAAAAAACAAAUACAUAUCUGAUUGUGGUAUGUUCAUAAAAUAAUCAACAUAAAAAUAAAUGUAGUCCCAAGUCUGAUAUUGUUGCAUGUCUCAAGUCUGUAAAGGUUGUACGAAACAGUCCCAAAUCUUUCACAACAACAAAGACAAAAUUGUUACAUGUUGGCACACCAAACUAUUUCAGCAUCAGAGACAUGUCAUCCUGUUUGUUGUCUUGUGUCUAACAAAUUCAGCAACACACAUUGUCAUGUACAGUAUUCACAGUUCCAUAUCUUGUGUCCAUUCCCACAUUUCCUAACAACAGCAGUAUCUGAAUAACACCAUUUAUAUCACGUUUUGUGCUAUACAAAUAUCCUUAUAGUGCAUUACAGAAUUACUGUAGCCAUUACAUAAUUACCAUAACACCUCUUGAACACUGCAUACUGCAGCAAGAGUCAACAAGGGAAGUGGGGCUCCUUUCAUAACAUAACCUGCUUUGUGCAUCAACUGUCCUGGUGUGACUCUUAAGCCUUAGAAAAGUGAGAACAUUCCGGCUUUGACACUCAGACCUGUCAAGCCCAGUUGAAGUCAAUGCUGCACUGGUAAUUAUAUUAGCAAAGAUUCUAAGACUAAGCACCACCAGUGGAGAUGGUGUGAGAAAAACAAAAAGCAUUUCCAUUACGCAGGAAGCACAAUUAGCUAUUAUAUCAGGAGAUGUUCCUGUCGUUGGAACGGUAAUUGUUGGUGGAGUGAUAAUUGUAUUCUGACAAUAUGUUUAGUGCACAGGAGAAAGUGCUAACUUGAGCAUAAAGGGGGCAAUCUGCAGUUCAAACAACAACAAAGUGUACACCCCGCCACUGAUUUGGUAAACAGCUGAGGGAUGAGGCUGGAGAAAUGUAACCACUUUCAAAUUCAUAGACAGAGCUAUUGAUGCAAGGAUACCAUAGCUUUAGUUUCAACCAUGUUUUGAGGCUAUACAGUGUUUGUUUACAAUUACGGUGUCUACACACAUUGGAGUAAAACAAGUUUAUAUUUUGGAUUCUGAUGGGGUUAAACAGUUGAACUAAGCUCAUGAGAAAUGUAUAAGUUAUAUUCUUUCUUUGGAUCAAUGUGUAUAUAUAAUUAAUUUAAACGUUUUUAAAAACGAUGUAGCAAUCGCUGAUUGCCCCUUUAAGUAUGAUUAAGAUAGAUUUAUCUCUCCUGUUGUGACCGAUGCACCACAGGGCACAAACACACACACAAACUCUGUGUGUCCUAUCAUGCACAGUACACACAGCAGUGACAUCUACAGUGCCCAACAUUUUGUUGGGUUACAAAGUGGGAUUAAAAUGGAUUUAAUUGUCAUUUUUUUGUCAGCUAUCUCCACAAAAUACUCUAAUGUCAAAGUGGAAGAAAAAGUAUAUAUAUUUUUUUAAUGUAAUGGAAAAUAAAGCUCUAAUAUGUCUUGAUUAGAUAAGUAUUCAAUCCCCUGAGUCAAUACAUGGUAGAAUCACCUUUGGCAGUGAUUGCAGCUGUGAGUCUUUCUGAGUAAGUAGCUAAGAGCUUUGCACACCCGGAUUGUACAAUAUUUGCACAUUAUUCUAAAAAAAGUAUUAGAGCUCUGUCAAGUUGGUUGUUGAUCAUUGCUAUACAGCCAUUUUUAAGUGUUGCCAUAGAUUUUCAAGCCAAUUUAAGUCAAAACUGUAACUAGGCCACUCAGGAACAUUCAAUGUUGUCUUGGUAAGCAACUCCAGUGUAUAUUUGGCCUUGUGUUUAAGUGAAUUGCCCAGCUGAUAGGUGACUUUGUCUCCCAGUGUCUGUUGGACAGCAGACUGAACAAAGGAUUUUGCCUGUGCUUAGCUCUAUUCCGUUUUCUUUUUAUCCCAACAAAACUGCCUAGUCUUUGCCAUUGCCAAGCAUGCCCAUAACAUGAUGCAGCCACCACCAUGUUUGAAAAUAUGAAGAGUGGUACCCAGUGAUGUGUUGUGUUGGAUUUGCCCCAAACAUAACGCUUUGUAUUCAGGACAAAAAGUUAUUACUUUAAUGCCUUAUUGCAAACAGGAUGCAGGUUUUGGAAUAUUUGUGUUCUGUACAGGCUUCCUUCUUUUCACUCUGUCAUUUAUGUUAGUAUUGUGGAGUAACUACAAUGUUGUUCAUUCAUCCUCAGUUAUCUCCUAUCACAGCCAUUAAACUCUUUAACUGUUUUAAAAUCACCAUUGGCCUCAUGGUGAAAUCCCUAAGUGGUUUCCUUCUUCGCCGGCAACUGAGUUAGGAAGGGUGCCUGCAUCUUUGUAGUGACUGGGUGUAUUGAUACAUCAUCCAAAGUGUAACUAAUAACUGCUCCAUGCUCAAAGGGAUAUUCAAUGUCUACUUUUUUUUACCCAUCUACCAAUAGGUGCCCUUCUUUGCGAACCAUUGGAAAACCUCCCUGGUCUUUGUGGUUGAAUCUGUGCUUGAAAUUCACUGCUCGACUGAGGGACCUUACAGAUAAUUGUAUGUGUGGGGUACAGAGAUGAAAUAGUCAUUCAAAAAUCAUGCUAAGCACUAUUAUCACUUUUUAUGUGACUUGUUAAUCAAACUUUUACUCCUGAACUUAUUUAGGCUUGCCGUAAACAAAAGGGUUGGAUACUUAUUGCCACAAGACAUUACAGCUUUUCAUUUUUAAUUAAUAUACUAACAUUUCUAAAAACAUAAUUCCACUUUGACAUUAUGGGGUAUUGUGUGCCACAAUAUCUCAAUUUAAUCUAUUUUAAAUUCAGUCUUUCACACAACAAAAUUAGUGUGCAGUUAAAGAUUGACUGACAUUAAAGGACAAUGUUUUUGUUGAAAUGCAUGUGUAUGUUUGUGUUCCCACGUGUGUCUGUGUGUGUGUGUGUGCGUUGUGUGUGUGCAUGUGCAUGCGUUCCCAUGUGUGUCUGUCUGAGUGUGUGUGAGUGCGUGUGUGUGGGAGUUAGACAGGAGAGUGUUCUUAUCUUCCUGGCGCAGGAUUCCUCUUACCCAAUCAGGGGGUAAUCUUCCCAGCUGCCAUAUAGAUAGAGGCAGACACAGGCAGACAGUGGCUCAGUGAAGUCUGCAGCAACCACCACUGCAUGCGUAAACUAAAUCACCACGCUCUUAGAAGAACACAUCCUUAAGCACAGGUCUAGGAUCAGCUUACCCUCCCCAAAUCCAAACCUUAACCAUUCAAGAGAGGAAAAUGCAAAACUGACUGUUGAUCAGUUUCUCGGGUAACUAGAAUCUACAUUUUUAAAGACCGACAAGUGUUUCCCUGUAGCGCUUCCCAUUCUUAUUUUUUCUACAAGCCUCAGUCUCAUAUUGGAAAACCACUAGACUCCUGUAAUAGUGCUUAACAUAUGCCUCAACUUCCAAAACCCUCUCCCUUUCCAGUGACUGUGUUGCUAAUAGUUGUAUCUCCCUGUGCCUGCAGAGGGUCAGACCCCAAACCAGCAGAAGCCUAGUGUUCCCCCUCUUCUAUCCAUCAGCUUUGAAAUUACAGGUAGGUGCUUUAGACCAACCCAAACCUCCUCCUCUCUCUGCCUUGUAGACCGCAUUCUUCUCCUCCUUGCUGCUUCUCUCUUCUACUUGUAUGUACUGUAUGCAUGUAUUUAUGUUUUGAUGGAUGAUACUAUGACAGUGUUUUGAUAGGUUGGCCUCUCUGCAGAUUUUGCAUCUCAAGUGCUGUAGUUUUCUGAAACACCAACAUGUGUUUUCAACUAAGUUCGUGCAUAUACGGUUUCAAGAAGUGGUAUGGAAGAAGGACAACAAAGUAUUUGCCUGGCAUGUCAGGACAAUUUCAUAAACUUUUGUGGGAAUGGUGAAAUAACUCAGUGUUGUUUUUCCAAAUGGAAUAUGCAAAGCAUCUGUGAGAUGUUUUUCCCCGUUUUGCUACUCUGGCACACAAUAAGCGACACUCACAUUAGUUGCACUAGGGACAUUUGCCAUUGUAGUUUCAAUACAAUGCAGGAAAUACAAGCACAUUGUAUAAGUUGUGUAAUGAAGAUGCUGGGUUUUUCUUAAUCACAAACAACACUACUCUGUUGGUCAACAAUUUCUAUUUGGAAUGGAUUGAUGUACUUCGAUUGAAGUCUGUUCUGCACACUAAUAAUACAAGGAUUAUCAGGCUUACCAAAUGCAGUAUUUGACUCUCAAAAAUAUUUGUAAGGGAAUAAUUCCUUUUGCAUAUCAAUUUCAAAGCUGUGCUUGCGUUUCGCUGUAUAUUCGGUAUAAUUAUAUUUCAGCUUUCUUGACUUGAUAAGACUUGAAGCUCUGAAUAUAUUGUUGGCUGUCAGAGUUAGGGAAAGAGAUGUGCAAGGACAUCUUGAUCUUCACAACCUGCUUAGUGAGAAAGUGUGUUUGUGUACAAGUGUAAUUGAUUGAAAGUGUUGCAACCGUUGAUGCAAUGUUUGGAUCAUAGAUUGAGUGUGUGUACGUUGCAAAUUAUGGUGGAAAAUAAGUAUUUGGUCACCUACAAACAAGCAAGAUUUCUGGCUCUCACAGACCUGUAACUUCUUCUUUAAGAGGCUCCUCUGUCCUCCACUCGUUACCUGUAUUAAUGGCACCUGUUUGAACUUGUUAUCAGUAUAAAAGACACCUGUCCACAACCUCAAACAGUCACACUCCAAACUCCACUAUGGUCAAGACCAAAGAGCUGUCAAAGGACACCAGAAACAAAAUUGUAGACCUGCACCAGGCUGGGAAGACUGAAUCUGCAAUAGGUAAGCAGCUUGAUUUGAAGAAAUCAACUGUGGGAGCAAUUAUUAGGAAAUGGAAGACAUACAAGACCACUGAUAAUCUCCCUCGAUCUGGGGCUCCACGCAAGAUCUCACCCCGUGGGGUCAAAAUGAUCACAAGAACGGUGAGCAAAAAUCCCAGAACCACACGGGGGGACCUAGUGAAUGACCUGCAGAGAGCUGGGACCAAAGUAACAAAGCCUACCAUCAGUAACACACUACUCCGCCAGGGACUCAAAUCCUGCAUUGCCAGACGUGUCCCCCUGCUUAAGCCAGUACAUGUCCAGGCCCGUGUGAAGUUUGCUAGAGUGCAUUUGGAUGAUCCAGAAGAGGAUUGGGAGAAUGUCAUAUGGUCAGAUGAAACCAAAAUAUAACUUUUUGGUAAAAACUCAACUCAUCGUGUUUGGAGGACAAAGAAUGCUGAGUUGCAUCCAAAGAACACCAUACCUACUGUGAAGCAUGGGGGUGGAAACUUCAUGCUUUGGGGCUGUUUUUCUGCAAAGGGACCAGGACGACUGAUCCGUGUAAAGGAAAGAAUGAAUGGGGCCAUGUAUCGUGAGAUUUUGAGUGAAAACCUCCUUCCAUCAGCAAGGGCAUUGAAGAUGAAACGUGGCUGGGUCUUUCAGCAUGACAAUGAUCCCAAACACACCUCCCGGGCAACGAAGGAGUGGCUUCGUAAGAAGCAUUUCAAGGUCCUGGAGUGGUGCAUAUUUACAGGUGUAUGUGUCUACGUGUGUGUACGUCUGUUUGUGUCCACAAAGCUGAUGGAUAGAAGAGGGGGAACACUAGGCAGUAUACUGGCGCCGACAAGGAUGGCGGCCUCGCGACUAGCAGAUCCUUUGUUAGCUUUCAGCGGCUGACCCAAAACAUCGCCGGCGGAGGAGAGGCACUCGGAGCGGCCUGCUGGUUCGACUUAGGAGGCGCGCACACCACCCACCACUUCCAAGUAUACUACUCGCUAAUAUUCAGUCUCUGGUUAACAAGCUCGACGAGCUCCGGGCAAGGAUUUCUUUCCAGAGAGACAUCAAGGCCUGUAACAUACUUUGUUUCACGGAAACAUGGCUCUCUGGGGAUAUUCUGUCAAAAUCGGUCCAGCCAGAUGGGUUCUCAGUUCAUCGCGCAGACAGGACCGUAUUAUCUCCCAAGAUAAUUUUCUUGGGUUAUAGUCACGGCUGUGUAUAUCCCCCUUCAAGCCGAUACCACGACGGCCCUCAAAGAACUUCCCUGGAAUUUAUGCAAACUGGAAACCACAUAUCCUGAGGCUGCAUUUAUUGUAGCCAGGGAUUUUAACAAAGCAAAUUUGAGGACUAGGCUGCCGAAGUUCUAUCAACAUAUCGACUGUUGUACUCGCGCUGCUAAAAUUCUCGACCAUUGCUAUUCGAAAUUCCGAUAUGGUUAUAAGGACCUCCCCCGCCCUCCUUUCGGCAAAUCUGACCACGACUCCAUUUUGCUCCUCCCUUCCUAUAGGCAGAAACUCAAACAGGAAGUACCCGUGCUAAGGACUAUUCAACGCUGGUCUGACCAAUCGGAAUCCACACUUCAAGAUUGUUUUGAUCACGCGGACUGGGAUAUGUUCUGGGUAGCUCGCAAAAAUAAUUUAGACGAAUACACUGAUACGGUGACUGAGUUUAUCAGGAAGUGUAUAGAAGAUGUUGCGCCCACUGUGACUAUUAAAACCUACCCUAACCAAAAUGGCAGCAUUCGCGCAAAACUGAAAGCGCAAACCACCGCAUUUAACCAUGGCAAGGUGACUCGGAAUAUGGCAGAAUACAAACAGUGUAGCUACUGACUCCGCAAGGCAAUUAAACUGGCAAAACAUCAGCAUAGAGACAAAGUGGAGUCGCAAUUCAACGGCUCAGACACAAGACGUAUGUGGCAGGGUCUACAGACAAUCACGGACUACAAAAGGAAAAACAGCCACGUUACCCACACUGACGUCUCGCUUCCAGACAAGCUAAAAACCUUCUUCGCCUGCUUUGAGUAUAACACAGUGCCACCGACGAGGCCCACUACCAAGGACUGUGGCCUCUCCUUCUCCGUGGUCGACGUGAGUAAGACAUUUAAGCAUGUUAACCCCCGUAAGGCUGCCGGCCCAGACGGCAUCCCUAUCCGCGUCCUCAGAGCAUGCGCAGACCAGCUGGCUGGUGUGUUUACGGACAUAUUCAAUCUCUCCCUUUCCCAGUCUGCUGUUCCCACAUGCUUCAAGAUGGCCACCAUUGUUCCUGUAGCAAAGAAAGUAAAGGUAACUGAACUAAAUGACUAUUGCCCCGUAGCACUCACCUCUGUCAUCAUGAAGUGCUUUGAGAGACUAGUCAAGGAUCAUAUCACCUCUGCCUUACCUGUCACUCUAGACCCACUUCAAUUUGCUUACCGCCCCAAUAGAUCCACAGACGAUGCAAUCGCCAUCACACUGCACACUGCCCUAUCCCAUCUGGACAAGAGGAAUACCUAUGUAAGAAUGCUGUUCAUUGACUAUAGCUCAGCAUUCAACACCAUAGUACCCUCCAAGCUAAUCAUUAAGCUUCGAGGCCCUUAGUCUGAACCCCGCCCUGUGCAACUGGGUCCUGGACUUCCUGACGGGCCGCCCCCAGGUGGUGAAGGUAGGAAACUACAUCUCCACUUCGCGGAUCCUCAACACUGGGGCCCCACAAGGGUGCAUGCUCAGCCCCCUCCUGUACUCCCUGUUCACCCAUGACUGCAUGGCCAAGCACACCUCCAACUCAAUCAUCAAGUUUGCAGACGACACAACAGUAGUAGUCUUGAUUACCAAUAAUGACGAGACAUUUUAUUGCAUGACAUAAGUAUUUGAUACAUCAGAAAAGCAGAACUUAAUAUUUGGUACAGAAACCUUUGUUUGCAAUUACAGAGAUCAUACGUUUCCUGUAGGUCUUGACCAGGUUUGCACACACUGCAGCAGGGAUUUUGGCCCACUCCUCCAUACAGACCUUCUCCAGAUCCUUCAGGUUUCGGGGCUGUCGCUGGGCAAUACGGACUUUCAGCUCCCUCCAAAGAUUUUCUAUUGGGUUUAGGUCUGGAGACUGGCUAGGCCACUCCAGGACCUUGAGAUGCUUCUUACGGAGCCACUCCUUAGUUGCCCUGGCUGUGUGUUUCGGGUUGUUGUCAUGCUGGAAGACCCAGCCACGACCCAUCUUCAAUGCUCUUACUGAGGGAAGGAGGUUAUUGGCCAAGAUCUCGCGAUACAUGGCCCCAUCCAUCCUCCCCUCAAUACGGUGCAGUCGUCCUGUCCCCUUUGCAGAAAAGCAUCCCCAAAGAAUGAUGUUUCCACCUCCAUGCUUCACGGUUGGGAUGGUGUUCUUGGGGUUGUACUCACCCUUCUUCUUCCUCCAAACACGGCGAGUGGAGUUUAGACCAAAAAGCUCUAUUUUUGUCUCAUCAGACCACAUGACCUUCUCCCAUUCCUCCUCUGGAUCAUCCAGAUGGUCAUUGGCAAACUUCAGACGGGCCUGGACAUGCGCUGGCUUCAGCAGGGGGACCUUGCGUGCGCUGCAGGAUUUUAAUCCAUGACGGCGUAGUGUGUUUCUAAUGGUUUUCUUUGAGACUGUGGUCCCAGCUCUCUUCAGGUCAUUGACCAGGUCCUGCCGUGUAGUUCUGGGCUGAUCCCUCACCUUCCUCAUGAUCAUUGAUGCCCCACGAGGUGAGAUCUUGCAUGGAGCCCCAGACCGAGGGUAAUUGACCAUCAUCUUGAACUUCUUCCAUUUUCUAAUAAUUGCGCCAACAGUUGUUGCCUUCUCACCAAGCUGCUUGCCUAUUGUCCUGUAGCCCAUCCCAGCCUUGUGCAGGUCUACAAUUGUAUCCCUGAUGUCCUUACACAGCUCUCUGGUCUUGGCCAUUGUGGAGAGUUUGGAGUCUGUUUGAUUGAGUGUGUGGACAGGUGUCUUUUAUACAGGUAACGAGUUCAAACAGGUGCAGUUAAUACAGGUAAUGAGUGGAGAACAGGAGGGCUUCUUAAAGAAAAACUAACAGGUCUGUGAGAGCCGGAAUUCUUACUGGUUGGUAGGUGAUCAAAUACUUAAAUACUUGUCAUGCAAUAAAAUGCAAAUUAAUUACUUAAAAAUCAUACAAUGUGAUUUUCUGGAUUUUUGUUUUAGAUUCCGUCUCUCACAGUUGAAGUGUACCUAUGAUAAAAAUUACAGACCUCUACAUGCUUUGUAAGUAGGAAAACCUGCAAAAUCGGCAGUGUAUCAAAUCUCCCCACUGUAUGUAUAUAUUCUUAAAUUCCAUUCCUUACUAGAUUUGUGUGUAUCGGGUAUAUGUUGUGAAAUUGUUAGAUAUUACUUGUUAGAUAUUACUGCACUGUCGGAGCUAGAAGCACAAGCAUUUCGAUACACCCGCAAUAACAUCUGCCUCUGCACAUUGCAUCUGUGCGUGUGUGUUCAUAUGCUGUGGCAGAGGGGUGUCAAUUAGACAGUGGAGCCCAAGGUAGUGGGGUUGGCUUUGGACAAUCUGUUAGGUGAUCAAGAGCCUUUGUUGCAUCAACCAGGACAACCCGCACUGUGCUGCGUUCCAAAACAGCUUUGAUGUGACAGACACACAAAACCACCCACCAACUUUCCACUCCAACUUCAAACAAACCCAUUUAUUCAAGUGCAUUAAAGAAACAUCCAGAAAAUGGCGUCUCACAGUCGGCUUCACUUAUUCUCUUGCAGAGAAAAACAAUAUCUCUUUUGUUCCUUUGCGUGAAGUGAAGUUCCUCGGCGGGAAUAUACGCAUCGUGUAUACAGCUUCUAAAUCUGAAGCGCUACAACAGGGGAAUCAUAGCACUGGAUUAUUCUUCAUAGAAUAUGUAUGAGAGGAGACACUGCAGCUCUCUCACACCUUCGGUACACCCUUCAUGUGUCUUCAGUGAGAAUGGUGGGCCUGUCUUUAUGUUGUUUCAAGUGUUAGAUAGCGCUGAAAGGUUAAUCAGAGUUAAUUUAUCACUCUGGCAUGCUAACAGUAUGCUAACAGUGGGGCCAUAAACAAAGGGAAAUAGCAGGAAUAUGGCAGCACCUCACCUUCACAGUAUUCCAAGACAAUACUUAAAUACCAUUGCUGUAUCUAAUCUAACAGUUAAUCUGUUUCAGUAUAUUUGUGCAUCUAUUUCUCAGUAUUUAUCUGGGUAUAUUGGUAUAUUUCAGAAUAUAUCAGUAUAUUUAUUACUAUGUUAGUAUGACUAUGUUAGUAUAUAUCAAUCAAUUUCAAUUUUAUUUUAUAUAGCCCUUCUUACAUCAGCUAAUAUCUCGAAGUGCUGUACAGAAACCCAGCCUAAAACCCCAAACAGCUAGUAAUGCAGGUGUAGAAGCACGGUGGCUAGGAAAAACUCCCUAGAAAGGCAAAACCUAGGAAGAAACCUAGAGAGGAACCAGGCUAUGAGGGGUGGCCAGUCCUCUUCUGGCUGUGCCGGGUGGAGAUUAUAACAGAACCAUGCCAAGAUGUUCAAAAAUGUUCAUAAGUGACAAGCAUGGUCAAAUAAUAAUCAGGAAUAAAUCUCAGUUGGCUUUUCAUAGCCGAUCAUUAAGAGUUGAAAACAGCAGGUCUGGGACAGGUAGGGGUUCCAUAACCGCAGGCAGAACAGUUGAAACUGGAAUAGCAGCAAGGCCAGGCGGACUGGGGACAGCAAGGAGUCACCACGGCCGGUAGUCCCGACGUAUGGUCCUAGGGCUCAGGUCUCUCAGUUGGCUUUUCAUAGCCGAUCAUUAAGAGUUGAAAACAGCAGGUCUGGGACAGGUAGGGGUUUCGUAGCCGCAGGCAGAACAGUUGAAACUGGAAUAGCAGCAAGGCCAGGCGGACUGGGGACAGCAAGGUGUCAUCAUGCCCGGUAGUCCUGACGUAUGGUCCUAGGGCUCAGGUUCUCAGAGAGAAAGAGAGAACGAGAGAAUUAGAGUAUAUACACUCCCCUAAGUAUUUGUUUGGACAGUGAAGCUAAAACGUUUAAUUUGGCUCUAUACUCCAACAUAUCUGUUUUACCAUUAAGAAAUUAAAGUACUUUAUGUAUCUAGUCCCCCCAUUUGAAGGUGUUAAGUAUUUGGACAAAUUCACUUACAUGUGUAUUAAAGUAGCAAAAAGGCAUAAUUCUAGCAUGCAAUGAUUACAUCAAGGUUUUGCGUUUUGUUUUGGUUGUGUUUCAGAUUAUGUUGUGCCCAAUAGAAAUGGUAAAUAAUGUAUCUUUAUAUUAAUUUUUUAUCUUUAACUCUGCAUUGUUGGAAAAGGCCCCGUUAUUCUACUGAUAGUCUACACCUGUUGUUUAUGAAGCAUUUGACAAAUACAAUUUAAUUUAAUUUUAUUUUAUGUGUACCAUGAUUACGGAUAAUCAUGAAUGAAUCGUGAACAAUGAUGAGUGAGAAAGUUACAGGGGCAUAAAUAUAAUACCCCCCAUAAAAUGCUAACCUCCCCUGUUAUUGGUAAUGGUGAGAGGUUAGCAUGUCUUGGGGGUAUGAUAUUUGUGCCUCUGUAACGUUCUCACUCAAAUGGGGUGACUACAUACAUAAAGUGCUUUAAUUUCUAAACAGUAAAACAGAUAUGUAUGAAAAUACCCUCAAAUUAAAGGUGACAUUAUGUACUGUCGCCUCAUAUGAAACAUUUGAUUUCAAAUCCAAAAUCCUGGAGUAUAGAGCCAAAUUAAAUGUUUUAGCUUCACUGUCCAAAUAAAUACAUAGGGGAGUUUACAUAUAUUUCUGAAUAUAUAAGUAUAUUUCUGACUAUACUGUAAGUAUAUUUGAAUGCCUGUCCCUUAUUUCCAUGUCCCUAGCAUCCCGUCCUGUGGACAGCAAGCUGUGUGGAGGUCCCGUCCCCAACACGUCCCAGCUGUGUCACAUCCCCUGUCCCAUCGAGUGUGAAGUGUCCCCAUGGGGGGCCUGGGGACCCUGCACCUAUGAGAACUGUGAUGUCCAAGAAGGGAAGAAAGGUGUGUGGAUAAGAGUUUGACUGGGACUAUUGUAUGUCGAUCACACUUUAUUUGGAUAGUCCCAUAUAGAUGAUCUACAGAUGGUCAUACUAUUAACAAACUAUCUGUUGAUAAGCAAAUGCUUGCUAAGGUUAGGGUUAGAUUUAAAAUAAGGGUUACGUACAGUAAGGGUUAAGAUUAGGGUUAGGAUAAUGGUUAAGGUUAGGACUAGGGUUAGGGUUAGUGGAUAGUUAGUUGAAAUCUUGUUGACAGUUAUGGAACAUCUACUGAACAUCUACAAACCAUCUACUUGGGAAUAUCCAUAUAAAGUGUUACCUGUAUGUCCACUGCAGGGCCUUAAUGGGUAUGGGUUGGAAUGUUUUUUGGUGACUGUGUCUAUAUUUGGUGUGGUAAUGCUAGCAUAAUGCUUUCAUAACACAUACAGUUGAAGUCGGAAGUUUACAUACACUUAGGUUGGAGUCAUUAAAACUCGUUUUUCAACCACUCCACAAAUUUCUUGUUAACAAACUAUAGUCAAAAUAAAUCAGCCAAGACCUCAGAAAAAAAAUGUAGACCUCCACAAGUCUGGAUCAUCCUUGGGAGCAAUUUCCAAACGCCUGAAGGUACCACGUUCAUCUGUACAAACAAUAGUACGCAAGUAUAAACACCAUGGGACCACGCAGCUGUCACACCGCUCAGGAAGGAGACGCCUAGAGAUGAACGUACUUUGGUGCGAAAAGUGCAAAUCAAUCCCAGAAGAACAGCAAAGGACCUUGUGAAGAUGCUGGAGGAAACAGGUACAAAAGUAUCUAUAUCCACAGUAAAACGAGUCCUAUAUCGACAUAACCUGAAAGGCCGCUCUGUAAGGAAGAAGCCACUGCUCCAAAACCACCAUAAAAAAGACAGACUACGGUUUGCAACUGCACAUGGGGACAAAGAUCGUACUUUUUGGAGAAAUGUCCUCUGGUCUGAUGAAACAAAAAUAGAACUCUUUGCCCAUAAUGACCAUCGUUAUGUUUGGAGGAAAAAGGGGGGGGGCGCUUGCAAGCCGAAGAACACCAUCCCAACCGUGAAGCACGGGGGUGGCAGCAUCAUGCUUUGGGGGUGCUUUGCUGCAGGAGGGACUGGUACACUUCACAAAAUAGAUGGCAUCAUGAGGAAGGACAAUUAUGUGGAUAUAUUGAAGCAACAUCUCAAGACGGAGUCAGGCGCAGGAGGGUAAAUCACAAAAUACAUAGUUUAUUCCGUCGUACACAGUUGCGCUGGAUAGCGACAACAAAAUACAGGCAUAGGGGAACAAUCUACCCCGGCAAUACAAGGUACGGGUAGCUCCAACAAAAUACAGACACAGGGGAAUAAUCUACCCCGGCAAUACAAGGUACGAGUAGCUCAACCGAGCUACACUCAACUCACAUAAAACAAUCACCCACAAGGACAAGGGGGCAGAGGGAACACUUAUACACAGACUAAUGAGGGGAUAUGAACAAGGUGUGUGUAAUUGACAAGACAAGACAAAUAGAAUGAUGAUAUAUGGAGCGGCAGUGGCUAAUAAGCCGGUGACGACGAACGCCAAAGCCUGCCCGAACAAGGAGGGGAGGCAGCCUCGGCGGAAGUCGUGACACACGGGGGUGGCAGCAUCAUGCUGUGGGGGUGCUUUGCUGCAGGAGGGACUGGUGCACUUCACAAAAUAGGAAGUUAAAGCUUGGUCACAAAUGGGUCUUCCAAAUGGACAAUGACCCCAAGCAUACAUCCAAAGUUGUGGCAAAAUGGCUUAAGGACAACAAAGUCAAGGUAUUGGAGUGGCCAUCACAAAGCCCUGACCUCAAUCCUAUAGAACAUUUGUGGGCAGAACUGAAAAAGUGUGUGCGAGCAAGGAGGCCUACAAACCUGACUCAUUUACACCAGCUCUGUCAGGAGGAAUGGGCCAAAAUUCACCCAACCUAUUGUGGGAAGCUUGUGGAAGGCUACCCAAAAUGUUUGACCCAAGUUAAACAAUUUAAAGGCAAUGCUACCAAAUACUAAUUGAGUGUAUGAAAACUCUGACCCACUGGGAAUGUGAUGAAAGAAACAAAAGCUUAAAUAAAUAAUUCUCUCUACUAUUAUUCUGACAUUUCACAUUCUUAAAAUAAAGUGGUGAUCCUAACUGACCUAAGACAGGGAAUUUGUACUAGGAUUAAAUGUCAGGAAUUGUGAAAAACUGAGUUUAAAUAUAUUUGGCUAAGGUUUAUGUAAACUUCCGACUUCAACUGUAUGUGGUAUUAUGUGUUUUAUGUGUUUUAAUAUACAGUGUAUGUCCCUCCUAUCAAACUAAUGGCAACUGGCAUAUCACUUGUUAUACAACAUAAACAGUUGAAAAAAAGUUAAGUGUUAACAUGCCAUAUGAUUGUUAUAUGAUUUGUAUUUGCCAUGAGUUAUGCAUGGUGUUAUGGAAUUUACAGAACAUGGCAUAGUUUCAGAAGGUUACCUGUGGAUAUAUAGUAGUAGGUGCUAUUGUAGUCAUUGUAAGGUCCUCUUGAACAAACAUAUUCUGGCAUAAAUGCAGUAUCUAACAUUACGUUUACAUUUUAGUAAUUUAGCAGACGCUCUUAUCCAGAGCGACUUACAGGAGCAAUUAGGGUUAAGUGCCUUGCUCAAGGGCACAUCGACAGAUUUUUCACCUAGUCAGCUCGGGGAUUAAAACCAGCGACCUUUCGGUUACUGGCACAACGCUCUUAACCACUAAGCUACCUGCCGCCCCACACCCACAUGAUAAUUACACGGCUGGCUCUUCACAAUGAAAUCCUCUCUUUGUAUCAAUUUAUGGUCAGUUUGAUCACAGUAUGUGUUAAAGUGCCAACAAUUAACUAGCCAAUUAUUUGCUUGCGCUUUUACAUUCAUCCUAAUCUUAUCAUAAUAACAUAUCCUAUUAUUCCAUUUCGAGAGAGCUGUUGAAGAGAUCAAUUCCAAAGGAGGACAAUUAGGCAUAUUAUGUAUUUUUUCAGAGUUUUUAUAUAUAUUUUUUUCAUAUGGUUUUAUGUAUUUCUAUUUGAUUUUUUAUAUUAAAUGGAAUUAUGUGUAUUUUUCCUUCCGCAGGUUUUAAACUGAGGAAACGGGAGAUCAGCAAUGCGCCGACGGGUGGACCAGGGAACUGCCCUCACCUGGUGGAGGCUGUCCCAUGUGAUGAACCCAGCUGCUGGGACUGGCGCCUAGUCAGACUGGAUGAGUGUAGCCCCGACGGGGAGCUGCCGUGUGGCCCUGGGACACAGAUACCUCAGGUCCAGUGUGUCAACAGCACCGGUGAGGAAAAUCAUAGUAAUAACUAAUUAUCGGCUAAAGAUAAUUUCAAUUGGAUUUUUCCCUCGUUAAUUCCGUUAAACUCAGUCUCUAUAAUCGUUGCUGUGUGAUUGUAGAUAAAGCUCCGUGAUUGGUUUAUUGAUUCGGUUAAUGCACAUUAUAGAGUCCUUUAUUUUCAGUGGAUGUUUGCUUGACUACACUGUGUGAACAGCAACACUGAUUGAAAUUACGUCGUAAAAUAAUUGUAUUGAUAUUUUCUCAUUAAACGUUUUUCAACCAGUUAUGCCUGCUAAGCUAGCAUAGUACAAUUUUACAUUUUAGUCAUUUAGCAACGCUCUUAUCCAGAGCGACUUACAGUUAUGUGAAUACAUAUAUUAAUAUAUUUAUUUUUCAUACUGGUCGUUGGAAAUGACCCACAACCUGCGUUGAAACGCCAUGCUCUAUCAACGAGCCUAUCAACCUGGACAGUAUGACCAAUUGUGCGCUGCCCAUGAUCUCCCGUCGCGGCGUGCGACAGAGCCUGAUUUCAACCAGAUCUCUAUGGCACACUAGCACUGCGAUGCAUGCCUUAACCACUGCCACUCGGGUAGAAACAAUAAAACUGUACUAUAGUAUUCUGACUUACCAUUAUGCUCAGAAUCCACCACAUUGUUACCUCAGCUCCCUGAUCCCCCCCAAGAGUAGCCCACCACUUCCAGAUUAACUAUUUCCAUCUGUGAUGAAUAAAGGUGUCCGCAUGCUUCCCAGCCGAAACAGUUCGGAAAAGUUUGUGCAUAUAUUAUAUGAUGACAUUUUGUGACGUUUUUGUUUGUUUUGGACUUCGGUGAGGGUUUUCCCGGCUGUUCGGCCACAUACAUUUUUUUCUGGAGGCAAGCCGAAGUUCGGAGCCGAAGUCCACGCCCCUUCAUUGGUGAUUGGUCAACAAUAGGGAUUCUUCAAUAAAGGCGACUCAUUUUCAUGCAAUUUUUUUUUUUGAGAAAUACUACACCAAACAUCUUAGUUAGAUGUAAAAUUGUGCGGCUAAGAAAGUCAACAUUUAUUAUAGAUUUCUUGAGUUAUCUUAGAUUAAUUCUGACUAUUUUGAGGAAAUGUAUACUGGCUAUCAAAAUGGACAAUUGCACGCUUUUUUCUUGUUUUUCAAGUGAAGAUCUUUUAAGGGAGUAUGCGAGCACACUCAUUUGCUUCGGCUAGCCGAAUUCGGCUAGGCACCAGCCAAACUAAAACAUGCUGACGCCUUAAGUCAGGGUAUCACCCUCUGGAUGAAAAAUCAUAUGUUGCUCAAGGUGACCUCUCUACCAACCCCCUAACUCAUGGCUGUACCUCAUGGCUGUACUGUAAGUGAGUGAAGAGCUGGAGACGACUAGAGAGAGAAUGGUGGUUAGCCGCCAUGCCAUUUAUCAUGGUUGCCAUUUAUCAUGGAGUUCUCUCCAGACACCCUCCUCCACCUCACAUCCCCAUCUCCUUUAACGCUUCCCUAGUUCAGCAUAGCCACAUAUUGCCCUCGCUCCCUUUCCCUCUCUCAGCCAGAGCAAUUAAACCCUGCUCGCACUAAAUCAAAUCAAUUCUCUCUGGCCCUGAGUCUCGGGGACUCCCUUAACUUUUCAGCUUCCUGGUUUUACUGCUCCACUUUAUUACUGAAGAAUGUUUGACUGAAGACAAUGGCAGUCGGUGCAGAGAGAUGCUGUCUGGGGUUUUGAGCAGGUUUCAGAAUAUGGGUGCAAUUGACCAAGAUGCUUAUGCUAUCAAUCCCAAGUAUAGUCACCAUUCCUAGUUUGAGUGUUAUGAAAGAGAUAUAGAGAGAUAUCAAAGAGAUACACAGAGAUAUAUACAGGCACUGUAAUGGAUUGAGUCCAAAUCAUACUCCUACGAUACUCCUUUGACAAUAACCUCUCUUAUCGUCCUCCAAAUUCUGAAAAACUCAUCCUCAUCCUACGUUACAUUGUCAUUUUACCUCAUACAGGACAUACUGUACAUGUACAUCCACUAGUGACAUUCAGGGUUAUUGCCAGGUCAGGUGAUGUCUUCCUAGUAGCUCUGUGAGAGGCAUAACCUCUUUGUGUUUUUCUGCCUAUUUUGACUGGCGUUGACUGAUUCCCCCUGUCUCCGCUGAUGGAAAUUGAUUUGUUGUGUUAUGAUUUUGGGCAACUUUUUGCCCUAGAGACUUUGGGCUCAAUGUCUGUCUUCCGAACUUUUCCUCACACUGAGGCUGAAUCUUAUGAAACUACCACAGCAACAGCAAACAGCCACACCACAGACAGGGGUCUAUACAAAUGUCAUUGAAACGCCACUGUCGAUACUGAGAGCUUCUGAUAUAUACUGAUAUUCACUGUUCUGACUCAUUUAAAAGGAACCAUUUUUCUCUGUUUUGUUCAUUCAUGUUUUCAUCACCGUGAGAGCCACUGGGUUUCCCUGUCACUUUGCAUUUCCACACUGUCUCGGUUCAGUCACGAUUGGUUCGCUGAAUACUCAUCAGUGACAUCGUAAUGCAAAGGCAGGCCGUUCGGAGGGUUUGAAGCUCAACUCAUCCUCAGCCUGAAAUUGCAAAAACCAACUGUCGGAACAUACAUAUUUACUCUACAGAGCCAUUGUGUUGCUCAUUUGGAGUGCUGAAUUGUCUUGAAUUCAAAUGUCUUGAAUUCAGUUCAUUGCAACAUGGUAGCCCUUUCCUGCAGUCAAAUGACCAAAUCGCUCUCUAGUGGCCUCAUGGGUGGAAUAUUAUUAAUAUUUUUCAUAAUUUCAUAAAUAAUAAACAUCAUUGUUUUUUUGUGUGCCUAAAAUCUGGUGUUUCUAUGUCAAACGGUUUUGUUAUAUUUCAGUCUUCUGUGAUGUAUAUGAAGUGUAAUAUUGGGAUGCAAACUCAAAAUUGAAUACAUUUCAACUCUAUAUCUGACAUGGUACAGGUGUCUUCUUUCUUGUAAGUCCAUAACCAUGUGUGUGAGGUAUAUACUUUUGUUUCAAAGUAGAUUUGUUUAAGACUACCAAGAAACACUCUGUGUGACCCUGAUUUAGCCCACUACAGUAAAAGGUUAAUCCUCUAAAAGCACAUACAGAAUAUGUGGCUUAAUAGUAUAACCCACUUAAGCACUCAUAAAUCAUAAAUGUGUAAGUGUAAAAUGUUCCCAAGUGAGUUUGUACUUACUAUGUCCAAAGCUAAUUCAGUAUUCAGAUCGAGUUGCAUUGAGAAUAGAGACAUCAAUAUUAAUAUAUUGUACAGAUUAUCCUUGAUAACCUUAACCCAGCAUGCUAUUAAACAGUCACCAAACAUUUGAUCCAACUGUGAUGUCAAAAGGAAGACAACAGAUCAAAUUGAAUGGCUGUGUUAAUUAAUUGUGUGGGUUGAAAUUGAUUAGCAUUCAAUGAUACUAAGGAAACAAUAUAUAAACAAGCCCACCGAUGGACCAGGAAAUUGUAGUGUGGUUUAUCAUAUUGUAGAACAUUAUAAUGGAGGGUGGCAGGUAGCCUAGUGGUUUGAAUCCCCGAGCCGACUAGGUGAAAAAAUCUGUCUGUGCCUUGAGCAAGGCACUUAACCCUAAUUGCUCCUGUAAGACGCUCUGGAUAAGAGUCUGCUAAGUUAUAUAAAGUGUAGUACAAUUACAGAUUCCGUUUUUUGCUUUGAGAUUUGUUUCUGUAUUGAAUAUUCUGUUUUUCUAUUGUUAUAAUGGUGUGCAUUCCUUGACCGUACCAUUCUUUGUGCCACCCAGGUGACAUGGUGGACAAGGAGCUGUGUGGGGGAGCCCCUGCCCCUGAGCCCAUCGCCUGUGAGGUGCCUUGCCCUAAGGACUGUGUCCUCAGCGACUGGACCUCCUGGUCUUCCUGCUCCCAAACCUGUUCCAGCAAAACCAUUGAGGGCAAGCAGCUGAGGACCCGCUCCAUACUGGCCUACAACGCUGGCGAAGGUGACUAUGAGACUAUGUACUGUAGAUGGUGUACUGUUCUGUAUGGUCUGUAUUGUCUAUCUACUGUACUGUUAAUAAACUAUUUAGAAGGGGUCUUUAUCUUUGUAUACUGUAGCUUUCAAGCCAAGCUGUCCUUCAUGGUGUCUGUCCCUUUGACAGUUACUGUCUGUUACUGUCUGUCUAUCACUCUGUCUGUUGCUGUCUGUUGCUGUCUGUUACUGUCUGUCUGUCUGUCUGUCUGUCUGUCUGUCUGUCUGUCUGUCCCUCUGUCUGUCACUAUGAUUUUUUGUUUUCAUUUAAACAUUUGGCUAAAAGUUUAUCUGCAUGUUGUUUACCUCCCCACAGUAACUGCAAUGGUAGUGGCAUGGAUCACAGUGAUGGAGGGUAACACUUGUGAUUGAAACUAGCUGUUAGCUACAUUUAACCUUAGUGACAUGCUGACAAAUGACAAAAUAAUAGGAUUUCUGCCAAUGUCUAUAGACUUUACUGUAGUUAUACCGCGACAGCCUUUGGGCACCGUAGGUUUGAUUUAAAAUCCUAGUAGCACUAGAUGUAGUGAAAUAAGUAGUUGCAGUUGGUUUUGUUGUUGUGGUUACCGUAAGUAAGUAUAACUAAUUCUUCAAAUGUAUUUUGAUAUUCUCAUAUCUUGAUGUGAGAAUUUUAACAUUCCAUAUCAAUGUUUUCCAAAGGUCUUUCAAGGGUGCCAAAGUUUCCAGAGCUUUUUGGUACAUUCAAUAUUUAUCUGUAAAAUGAGUAGUAGUAGUAGUAGUAGUAGUAGAAGUAGAAGUAGUAGUAGUAGUAGUAGUAGUUGUUGUUGGUUGAUGAGUAGUAGAUAUUGUUAGCGUGGAGAUUUGGGUAGAUUAUUUAAAGGGACAAUCCAUUGUUGAAACAAUAAAAAAACUGUGAUUAUGGAUGUCUUUCCGAGCAAAUUUUGUGAAUAAGUCAGAAAAGUGCUGAAAUUCAUACUGCAAACAUGAAUAAACCCAUAUUCCAUGACCAGGCAUCCUUUGAGUAGCAUCAAAGCGAUUGCACUUGUCACAUUAAGACAGGACUGAUGUUGCUUCACCAUUCAUAAAUCAUCCACUACAGCUCUCUGUAGAAUCGACAUAGACUACCUCUGCCCAACCCAAACCACUUUUCUAGGUCAGUCUGGGCUGUCUGGGCACCAUCUGUGGCAUAUUUGUCUGGUUAGUUUACGCUAUUGGCAGAACCAGCAAACCGACAUGGUUAGUCAGCGAUGUAAGCAGGUAGCAGUCAGCAGAAAGGAAGGAGGAGGAGGUCUGUUCAUUUGCCAUCAGGUUUAGAUUUGUCUGAGUUGGCAUUCCACGUUGACCGGCCUGUGAACAACACCACUGCUGCUCAUUAUGGAGCCGAUUGGCUUUCAUCUCAGGAUGGUGCAGGUGUGAAGGACUUACAGUCCCACAAUGCCCCUUCAUCACUGCCCAAAGCUGUAAGUGUCUGCAAUUACUCUGAAGAACUAAGGGCUCUGAAUCUCACUCUAUCGACCCACCUGCCUCCACUGAGCAGAGAUGAGAGAGACAGCGACACAGAGAGAGAGAGAGAGAGAGAGAGAGAGAAGGAGAGAGAGAGAGAUAGAGAGAGAGAGAGAGAGAGAGAGCGAUGAGCGCGAGAGAGAGCGAGACCCACCUCUAUACUCUCUCUCUCUCUCUCUCUCUCUCUCUCUCUCUCUCUUCUCCUCUCUUCUCCCCCGGGGGUGUAUGUGUGUCAGGAUAUGGUGGUUGGGGAGUGUUGUUGUCUCUAUCUCCAUCUUACGAAAGAGAUCAAUAACUAUCGAAUUACCUCUCUUAUCCCCAAGAAAACAUAAGAAUAGUACAUACACAUUGAUAUAGAACUCCAUAAGUAAAUUCAAUAACCAGCUCAACAAUAUAUAUAGAGAGAUACCCUCAAACCGAGACAUCCUCUCUCCUCUCUCUCUCCUUAUCUCUCUCCUCUCCUCUCCUUCUCUCUUCCUAUCAUCUCUUCCCUAAGUCUCUCUCCCCCCCCCUUCCCUUAGCAGUACUAUCCAGCUAUAAUGCCAUGACUCCUCAAGAAUCCUCACUACCAUCUACACAUUACACAAAAUAUACACCACCGUCUAUCUCUUACUCUCUCUCUCCCUCUUCCCCCCCAGCCUCCUCCACUCCCCUUCCACCCUCGAGUCUCUCCCCCUUACUCCCCUACCAGAGAGACAAUACACCACAGAUCAGAAAGACAGAGAUAGAGUAAGCGAGAGAGAUAGUAGGCGAGACAGAACAGAGAGAGCAGACAACGAAGAACGAUAAGAAGACAGACUAAACAUAGAGAGACUAUACACAAAAAAGCAGACCAACAUAUAUACAAUUAUAGAGAUCAACAUAGAGAACAAAAGGAAGAGAGAACGAAAAGCAAUUGAUCGAGAGAGAGAGAGGACAAAUGCCACAGAAGGAGAACAGACACUCAAGCCACACAGAGAGAGAACAGAAUAGAAGAGAAAAGAGACAAGAGAGAGAACAGUGACACAGAGAGAGACGUGUAAAAAGAUCAAACAACAGGAGAAUGAAAAAGAACAGAAGAAGACAGAGAAGAAUGGACAGGAGAGAGAGGAAAAAGGAGUGUCAGUAGAGGAGAGAGAGGAGAUACGCGAGGAGAGGAGCGACACAGUGCAAGACGAACACUCACAGAGACACUCACGAGAGCAAAAGAGAAGAGAAGAGCGGGCACGAAGACAUAGAAGAGAUCAAAAAGAGGAAUAACAAAGCCAAAGAGUACACAACAACAUAUCCAAUCAUUCUUAUCUCAAGUUAAAAUUCCCAUGAAGAGUACGAAAACCAUUCCACUACCAUAGUCCGCCAUACCAAUCUCUCUGUCACUCUCUUAAGCUCUCUCUAUCCUAACUAGAUCCUUGCCAGUAACCUUCCUAAGAUCACUGCUACGAAUAACAGAUCAGAAGAGAAAGAAAAGAACCGGAAGAAGAUAGAUGACCAGUAGAGACAUAGAAUGCUCUCGUGUAUACAGUCUCUCCUCAUACGAAACACGACUAUCAAUAUACACAGAGCAUACCAACUAAUCAGGACCUAAGAUCAAAAUAGAGCGAAACAACCAAAUUAGAGCAGAGCGUUCGAGACUAUACCCGAAGAGACCUUCACUUAGAAAUCUCUCAACAAAGAGAAACCCUAACAAAAAUAUAGAGAGUAGAGAUAAGAAUAGAAAGAAUAUAAGAAACAAAUUAAACCAUAAAUCAAAACCAAAUAAUCUACAAUGACUCUAUGAACUCCAGAUGAAUCGUCUGAGCCUCUAAGUGGGCAGGAGGAUUAAAAUGCAUUGUCAAUCACCGGGGGAGGUCAAGCCUUUCAACACCAUCAUGGACUGUCACUAUCAAUAAUUGGCUGAAUCUUGCAGACUUUGUCAUUAUUUAAGGGCUUCAUGUAUAAGGCAGAGCCUCCCUAACUAUUGACAUUGGGACCACCCUGUAUAUGUGUGUGGUGUGGUAGAGAAUCUGAACUUAUUGGUUAUUACAUGUGCACGAUGCCGAAGCUCUAUGAAGUAACUCAUCAGCUCGCCCUUUCUAUGUGUGUGCGUCUUCCUAGGUGGUGGCAUGUGCCCCAACAGCAGUUCCCUGCAGGAGGUGCGGAACUGCAACGAGCAUGCAUGUACGGUGUACCACUGGCAGACUGGCCUCUGGGGCCCCUGUACAGAAGACCCCUCAGCCUCAGCCCUCAACACCACCACUGGCCCCAGGUCUGCUGCUGGCCCCAACACCAAUGGGCAUGGCCCCUGCUCCCAAGGCAUGCAGACACGCAAGGUCAUCUGUGUCCGGGUCAAUGUGGGACAGGUGCCGCCCAAGAAGUAAGAACAUUUAGGCCCUAGGUGUGUGUGUGUGUGUGUGUGUGUGUGUGUGUGUGUGUGUGUGUGUGUGUGUGUGUGUGUGUGUGUGUGUGUGUGUGUGUGUGUGUGUGUGUGUGAAAGAGAGAGACAGAGACAGAGACAGAGACAGAGACAGAGACAGAGACAGAGACAGAGACAGAGAAAGUUAGUUAGAAAGGUAUGACAAGAAGUGAUACAGUAUGAAGAGUAGCUCUCAAGCCUUAUCUCUACUCCACAGGCAAACAUAGAUAAAUAAAUAUAUAUGCCGUCCCAAACAUGCUAAUUAACCCUGUUAAUUUAGGCCUGUGUAAUUUCCCACUGAUGAUAAUGACAGUAAUUAAGUGGCUUUGAUACUUUAAGGUAAUUAAAUCACCACAAGAUGAAGGCUGCAGGAUGUCUAUAGUUUGCAAUGCAGAACAUACACUGCAGCCUCAAAAUGCAUCAAUAAGUUUACUUUACAAUUAGUCUAAAGUUGUGUUCUUGCAUGGGUGCUGUUUUGCUUUGCUAGGCUUAUCUAGGUGGGAUUUUAUGUUCAUUUAACUAAUUAACCUGCUGUAUGUAAGAUCCAAAAAUCUUAACCCAUGAGUCUACAGUUUACGGAUCUUGUUGCUAUCCAAGAUCCUGAAGUAAUUUUCACCUGGCAGGAUAAAACCUCCCAGUGGUAUCUGUCCAAGGUGCUGAAUAUCUUUCUGUCAGUGGAACUCUCUUCUGGGCCAUUAUAGACUUUGCUAUGAGUCCAUAUCCUUUUAAGACCACUGUAUGUUGCCUUUGUUAUGAAAUAACUUUCCUGCAUGUUUUGCAUUCUUUCAAGCCACUGUUGCUCUUAAAGAGGCUUUCCCCUGUCAUGGUGGAUUAGGUUAAGACCGCUGAAGCUGGCAAAACUCCAAAAGUGCCUUCUCUCAGUGCUUUGUCUUCAAGUCCUUUGUAGUGAUAGUUCAUUCUAAAAUCAAUAUUUGUCAUUCAUUGUAAGACUUCAAAAGUGGUCUAAUGUCAGGGUGAGUCCAUGUCCAAUUGGUGCCAAUCUUUUCCAUUUGCUUGGGAGAGAUGGUGUGGACUCAUCUCGACACUAAACCACUAAGCCCACUAGCUAUCUAGCUUUAGUGUAGCGGUGGUUUCACCCUGCCUGCACUCAGUGCACUGCAUUGUGACUUGGCAUGGUCUCUAGUUGUUACAGUGAGGGAAAAAGUAUUUGAUCCCCUGCUGAUUUUGUACGUUUGCCCACUGACAAAGAAAUGAUCAGUCUAUAAUUUUAAUGGUAGGUUUAUUUGAACGGUGAGAGACAGAAUAACAACAAAACAAUCCAGAAAAACACAAGUAAAAAAUGUUAUGAAUUGAUUUGCAUUUUAAUGAGGGAAAUAAGUAUUUGACCCCCUCUCAAUCAGAAAGAUUUCUGGCUCCCAGGUGUCUUUUAUACAGGUAACGAGCUGAGAUUAGGAGCACACUCUUAAAGGGAGUGCUCCUAAUCUCAGCUUGUUACAAUAUACCUGUUAACUGCACCUGUUUGAACUCGUUACCUGUAUAAAAGACACCUGUCCACAGAAGCAAUCAAUCAGAUUCCAAACUCUCCACCAUGGCCAAGACCAAAGAGCUCUCCAAGGAUGUCAGGGACAAGAUUGUAGACCAACACAAGGCUGGAAUGGGCUACAAGACCAUCGCCAAGCAGCUUGGUGAGAAGGUGACAACAGUUGGUGUGAUUAUUCGCAAAUGGAAGAAACACAAAAGAACUGUCAAUCUCGCUCGGCCUGGGGCUCCAUGCAAGAUCUCACCUCGUGGAGUUGCAAUGAUCAUGAGAGCGGUGAGGAAUCAGCCCAGAACUACACGGGAGGAUCUAGUCAAUGAUCUCAAGGCAGCUGGGACCAUAGUCACCAAGAAAACAAUUGGUAACACACUACGCCGUGAAGGACUGAAAUCCUGCAGCGCCCGCAAGGUCCCCCUUCUCAAGAAAGCACAUAUACAGGCCCGUCUGAAGUUUGUCAAUGAACAUCUGAAUGAUUCAGAGGAGAACUGGGUGAAAGUGUUGUGGUCAGAUGAGACCAAAAUCGAGGUCUUUGGCAUCAACUCAACUCGCCGUGUUUGGAGGAGGAGGAAUGCUGCCUAUGACCCCAAGAACACCAUCCCCACUGUCAAACAUGGAGGUGGAAACAUUAUGCUUUGGGGGUGUUUUUCUGCUAAGGGGACAGGACAACUUCACCGCAUCAAAGGGAGGAUGGAUGGGGCCAUGUACCAUCAAAUCUUGGGUGAGAACCUCCUUCCCUCAGCCAGGGCAUUGAAAAUGGGUCGUGGAUGGGUAUUCCAGCAUGACAAUGACCCAAAACACACGGCCAAGGCAACAAAGGAGUGGCUCAAGAAGAAGCACAUUAAGGUCCUGGAGUGGCCUAGCCGGUUUCCAGACCUUAAUCCCAUAGAAAAUCUGUGGAGGAAGCUGAAGGUUCGAGUUGCCAAAUGUCAGCCUCGAAACCUUAAUGACUUGGAGAAGAUCUGCAAAAAGGAGUGGGACAAAAUCCUUCCUGAGAUGUGUGCAAACCUGGUGGCAAACUACAAGGAACGUCUGACCUCUGUGAUUGCCAACAAGGGUUUUGCCACCAAGUACUAAGUCAUGUUUUGCAGAGGGGUCAAAUACUUAUUUCCCUCAUUAAAAUGAAAAUCAAUUUAUAACAUUUUUGACAUGCGUUUUUCUGGAUUUUUUGUUGUUGUUAUUCUGUCUCUCACUGUUCAAAUAAACCUACCAUUAAAAUUAUAGACUUAUCAUGUCUUUGUCAGUGGGUAAACAUACAAAAUCAGCAGGGGAUCAAAUACUUUUUUCCCUCACUGUAUUUUUCCCACUGUGUCUUCUCUUCCCACCGUUCUACUUGGCAGGUAGGUUCGAUUAGCGCUCCCUUAGGAACCUGGCAGAGCAAACAAGCACACGUCUGCCUCGCUGGUGUGUAUGCAGAUGUGCCCCAGCUUGCUCACAGAGGGCUCAGAGCUGUCUUCACACACCCCGAGGCAGUGAACCUCACACAGUGUCACCACACACACUGUCAAAGCCCAAUAGAGAGGAGAGUCUCUCAGAGACAAAUAUGUCACUCCCUCAGGCAUACGCUUCUAUCAGUCGAUAUACAGAGGACUGCAGUGGGAUUUGGAACUAAAACAUAUUGGUUUAUAGAUUGUGACAAUUUGCAUGUGGAUUGAUGUCUGAUGUGUUUGUAUAAUCGCACUGAUGCUUACUUGGACUACCGGAAAAGGAUGAAAAAUGGUGAUAGUGUUUGAUAGUCAUAGUCGAUCAUGUGAAUGUGUCCUAAUGACAACUGUGUUUAGUCACUGCGGAUGACAGUGAUAGAUGGUUGAACGCUGUCGAGACAGAGGCCAAAGAAACUUACACACAGCCAGAGCUGUUUUCUCCCCAAAUAUUAAACAAAUUCUGUUUUAUUUGCUGUUGUAUUUUUUAAAUAAUGAAUUUAAUUAGUCCUUAUCGUUUUGUGCCAGGACUUGUGUGCUUUUGCAGUCUCUUAAAACGAUGUUCAACCAUACAGUAUGCUCCUUUUGAAGAAUCUCUUGUCGAACAGAUUAUUCAAGCGAUAAUAGCAAAUAGCAGAACAAAAACAUUACCCUGGCAGACUCUUCUUAAUGAUAUGCUAUGGGACAGACUCAGAGUAAAUGUUGUGUUUCCUGCCUCACUACAAAUCAUUACAUUUAAAGAUCAUUAAGAUAUGAUAACACUAGCAGGGAAAACAAGUUGGCUAAAACCAGAUGAUGCUUUAAUUGGAUAAUCUAAUGACUAGUCGAAAAGUCUGCAUACUUCAAUAGCCGUGAAGACUGAGUUUCCUGUGGCGUCGGUAUUGUGUUCUGGCAAUGAAAGUGGCCUGUUUUUUUAAUGAGAAUGUAAUUGAAGUUUAAUAAUCCAUAUUCGGAUAAUACCUGUCAUUACACCUGGCCUAAAAUACAAGGAAAAUAAAAGGGAACAGUAGGAAUGUUUCUGUCUGCUGGAGCAUUAGUUCAGCAUUAGUUAUGUGAGGUAGUUAAGUGCUCGGGUCAACAACUCAAUCUGUGUCAUGUUGUUGUGUCUCAUAUGUUUUGUCUGGAACGUUGUUAAAACUGAAAGGGAACAGUAGGGAUGUUUCUGUCUAGAGGGCAUUCAGCUUUAGUUAUGUGAGGUGUAUUGAGGUGCUAAAUGCUCAGCUCAAAAGCUCAAUCUGGAUUAUGUUGUUGUGUCUCAUCUUUUACUGUUUUGUCUAGAAGAUUGUUCCCUGUAGGCUUUUCUUUUGAAGUCUUUUGAAGUAGCUUGUCCUUAAACAGGUUCACAUUACCUUUGCACUUGUUGUUAAUGCAGUUAAUCUGUGUAAACUCUUUAAACCUAAAGAGGAAAUAAGAAACUGAUUUGAUCCAUAUUUAUCAUCAUCAGCAUCGCUCUAUUCUCCAUCCCUGAGCACUGCUUUGGAGUGUAGAACCGGUGUACGAACAUGCCAGAAGAUUUGUCUCACUAAAGAGGGAUUUAGCUCUCUCUAUUGGUAUUAAACAUAAAUCUCUCCUCUCUUCGCAUAUCUGCCUGCUGCAUUAUUACAUUGUGCAUGUGAGGCACCCUGUUUCUCCCCUGACGACACGGUGCUAAUGAGUGGAGCAACCCCAGUAGAAGAUAGUGCUCCUACUCCCAAUGUGUAAACCUGACCCAGAUGAUCAGCGCUAGCUAGGUUAUCUAUGCUAUCUCAGCAAUAGGCUAAGGAAAUAGAGCCGCACUUAGAAAGCCCCAUGUCCGAAACAUCAGAUUACUUGAUGUCUUUUAGACUGACAAUUUCCCCCUGUUUAUCUUCAUCCAGUGGCCAUUCACUGGGGAUCAGAGAUACUUAUAACUAUAGGCUGAAGAUUACAUAUAACCCUUUGUCCGUUAAAUAUGAAGACCAACUCCAACCACAAUCCCAGAGAUCUAACGGAUUAUCGUCCAGUAAUAGAAUCAAUUUAAAACAGAGCAGAAAGAUGGGAAGGAUUCCCAUGGAGGGUCUUAUCUAUAGUGAACUGAAUCUAGCCUGGAGGAAUUAACUGCAGAUUCUCCAUUUAAGAGGAAUGAAUAUUAACAAAGGCACUGCUGAGCUGCUAAAGCCGUAUACUGUAGGUCAUGUUUAAAUUUCCCUACAUAAGACAUAAGAUGAUCUUCUCUUUCCUUAUCUGUCAGUGGUACCAUAGAUUGACAUGGACAUAAGACAUAGGACUUCUUAUCAGACAGUUGCUUCUUGUUGUUCUAGUUUGUGCUUCAGAAAAAACUGGAUUUCUCUCAGUAAAAGCCAAGUGGUUUUACAAAGACAAACGACAUAGUAGGAAGCCAAGCAGGUUACAGUACUUUCUAAGAGGAGCAUCUUCAAAGCCAAGAGUCUAUCAUUGUUCGUCGAUAGCUCCAUGGCUCUUGGACAAUCGGAUGAGUCAUUUGAAUUCCUGCAGCCAAAGUGAGAAGCCUGUGUCUGUGUGUUACCAACUAUAUGUUUGUGUGUUUACCAUGUAGAUGUCCUGAGAGUCCUCGUCCAGGUACAGUGCGGCCCUGUCGAAUGCCCUGUAAGAAGGACUGCAUCGUCACCCCCUUCAGCGACUGGUCCCAGUGCUCUCCCACCUGUGAUGCAGGUAUGAAAGAAGAAUUCAAGCUACUGUGCAAAGACAUGCACACAAAUAACAACCCUACAGAUGUAGGGUCUUAAUUUGAUGACCCUGUUGCAGGAUAACUUACCUGCUAUGCAGUGUAUUUGAGGCUUAAAAAGACUUCUAAAGUUUGUACUUUCCACUUUGAAAUUUCAGACUUAAUUUUCCCUAUGAAAAAUGUAUCAACCCCUACAAAACAUGUCUGUGGUCCUCUGUAGCUCAAUUGGUAGAGCAUGGCGCUUGUAACGCCAGGGUAGUGGGUUCGAUCCCCGGGACCACCCAAACGUAAAAAUGUAUGCACACUUGACUGUAAGUCGCUUUGGAUAAAAGUGUCUGCUAAAUGGCAUAUUAUUAUUAUUAUUAUUAUUAUUAUAUUAUUAUUAUUAUUAUUAAUUAUAAUCCACAUAAUAAUUCACAUUUCCCAUUGCUGCAGGAUUAUUUACCAGCUGUAGCAAACUGGCUCAAAUUAAUAUCAUACAUUGUAUCUUUUCAUUGUAAGUCUCUUGGAAACUAAGAACUAUGGACCAAAAAUGCUCUCCUAAAAGGAAUUGCUUACUUAUCCAACCUCGUAGGAACAUUUUGUAUGGCAGCUUUUAUCAUGAAGCAUCAUUUGGAGAUCAUUGAUAUUUUAAACCAAUGGAAAACUGGGACGAAUAAGGAAACUAGCACCAAUUGGGUGAUGCAUGCAAUGUAAACGGCUCAUUACAGUUUCCUUAAACUGUAUUACUCUCGUUUCAUUACGGAUAUUUCAUUUGACAGAUUGACAUGUAGGAUGACCUUAAGAUUACCUAAUUUAGUGUAACCCAGUAAACAUACUAGCCUAUGGCUACAAGUGACAGGGCGCCAUGUUGUUGUUGUUGUUGUUGUUUGUUGUUUUCAUGCUGUGAUAAAAACGCCUCCAGACCAGGUCACCUUUGUCAGACAGCCAUGUCCACAGCUGGAGGACAUUGUUGAAUACAUUACAUUGAUUUAUGGCAUGAAAUCAUCAUCGUUCAGAUUUUGAUGACCUCAUUAUUUGGCAUGAGAGCAUAAAUCUUUGGCCCUCGCCACACACAGUCUCAGAUUUUGAUAGUAGUGCUGAUGUUCUCCUACUGUAUAGGAUGACCUGCCUCGCACCCACACUGGUUGAAACUAAAGGUCACGGAUGCACAGAGCCUGUAAUACACUCAUGAUUUGAUUAAACACUCCUGGGCCAGUCCUGGACCAUAAAGCGACAUCUUAAUCAGUCUAGAUAGCCAGCGCUCUGGCUCAACUUGAUAGUUCUUUAUUGUAUUUAUUCAACGGUGUGUCUAUUGGGAAUACCACUGAUCACGGGGAAAGCAUCCAUCUUGUUGAUGUUACUUCAUCAUUAGAUUUGGACUUGACGACUAUAUCGAUUUUACUGCAACAAUAAAGCAGUCAACAUUCGCCCACUUUGCCCUGAAUAUGUUAGUUUGACAUGGAAUGUCUCAACAUGAUAUAAAGGGGAACAAUGGCAAAUUUCAGAAAUUUGUCAAAGUACCUAAACCUCUCUGACUCAGUGUUGAGCCAGACAGGUUUAGAUACUGUGACAAAUUUCUGGUGUUUGAAAAUCUAAUUAUAAUAUAUAAUUAAAGUAAUGCUUCAUGUACUGUGUGCUUUGUCAGCUGGUAACAUUCAGAAGAAGAAGCAGUCGAGAAACCGCGUCAUCCUCCAGCUGCCAGCCAACGGGGGCCAAGACUGUCCUGAGGUGCUGGAGGAGAAGAAGGACUGUGCGGCUCCCAAAGUCUGCCCUGGUUACAGGUACAGCACAGUGCCAAGAGUACUGGCAGUUAUACAGUGUCUUCAGAACGUAUUCACACCCAUUGACUUUUUCCAUAUUUUGUUGCGUUAAAGCCUGAACUUAAAAUUUAUUAAAUGUAGAUUUUGUGUCACUGGCCUACACACAAUACCCCAUAAUGUCAAUGUGGAAUUAUGUUUGUAGAAUUUUUUUCUAAUUAAUAAAAAUGAAAAGCUGAAAUGUCUUGAGUCAAUACGUAUUCAACCCGUUUGUUAAGGCAAGCUUAAAUAAGUUCAGGAGUAAAAAUGUGCUUAACAAGUCACAAAAUAAGUUGCAUGGACCCAGCAAGACAAUAACCUAAAACAGAAGGCCAAAUAUACACUGGAGUUGUUUACCAAGACAACAUUGAAUGUUCCUGAGUGGUUAAGUUACAGUUUUGACUUAAAUCAGCUUGAAAAUCUAUGGCAAGACUUGAAAAUUGCUGUGUAGCAAUGAUCAACAACCAAUUUGACAGAGCUUGAAUAAUGUGCAAAUAUUGUACAAUCCAGGUGUGCAAAGCUCUUAGAGACUUACCCAGAAAGACUCACAGCUGUAAUCGCUUCCAAAGGUGAUUCGAACAUGUAUUGACUCAGGGAUGUGAAUACUUAUGUAAAUUAGAUAUUUCAUUUUCAUUUUCAAUAAAUUUGCAAACAUUUCUAAAAUUAUGUUUUCACUUUGUCAUUAUGGGGUAUUGUGUGUAGCUGGAUGAGAAAAAAAUAUGUUUAAUCUAUUCUGAAUUCAGGAUAUAACACAACAAAAUGUGGAAUAAGUCAAGGGGCAUGAAUACUUUCUGAAGGCACUGUACAUGGAGAUGAUUACACCAAUGAUGAUACUAUUGCUACUAUCGUUAGCAACUCUUACUCAUGAAGUGUAUUCUCAUUAUACGCUAAUUACCUCUACUGUCUGCUGAUAAUAUUAAGUACAAAAAUGUAUGCACUCACUACUGUAAGUCGCUCUGGAUAAGAGAAUCGCUAAUAUGUCGCUCUGUCAAAUGUAAAAGGAAUAUGAUUAUUUGAAUGAUUAUGAUGACAUUGACUUGAUGAUCAUCAUCACGUUCAACAUCACUAUCAUUAUCACAAUCAUCAUCAUCAUCAUAAUACUUCCUCUAUUGCAGGUGGAAGUCACACAAAUGGAGAAGGUGUCAAUUGGUGCCAUGGUACAUCAGGGAGGACAGCCCAGGGGCUCAAGAGACAUGUGGACCAGGUCUUCAAACAAGAGGUGAAAUUACAUCCUUUAUCCAUCUCUUUUCUUUCAUGAAUCCCCUUUUAUUACUUUCUCUUCUAUCCAAUUUAAACAUCCACAAUGAAAUUGACAUUAUUUGUGGCCUCUGAAUCUCAGCCAGGAGAAAACAGAUGGAUUUGGCAAGGUUAGGAGAGGCCAAUUGUGCUUCUUAAACCACUUGUCAAAUCCCCCUGCUUAGACAAAGACGUGAACUGGGGUUGACACUCCCCACAGCACUGAGGACACCAUUUGUCAAUUUCUUCAUGACUAGACAUCCACCUUGCUUGAGACAGUUGGAGUUUCUAGGUACCAGGUACCUUAGGCUCUUUUCAUGCAGCUUUAAUCACAGCUCCGUUUGGGAGAGCUGCUACAUUCCCCCUCUGGCUAACUACAACCUGUAAAUAUGUUUCAGUUGUAAGCAUACACCAUAUGACAGCAUAUUGAAGCGUAAGUUUGACUUGCAUUCAGGAAUGGCUCAACUACUGUAGAUAAAAGAAGCUGUACUACAAAGUACUGUAAAUGUGUUUUUUCAGGUCACAUAGAAUAAUUCCAUUGUUGUAUAGCUUCAAUGGAGAACUAUUAUCAGUGGCAAUGUUGUAAAUUGCCACUUGUGAAGUUCUAAUAUGCAUAAAUGGUAGGAGGCACAUUACAAUUUCCUUUUCUUCAUACAAAUGAUCUGACAUCCAAACAUCUUGCCAAUCCUCCUGUGUGUUGGACUGACUCUCAUAGCCUGUGAUAGUAGACGUCAACAUCCCUGGGCUCUCAAGCAUCCAGGUCACUGUUUGUCAUUCUCUGAGACAUGCUGAGACAUAGUGCCUCUUUACCCCUGGGGCGUCUCACAGCUUCUCACAGCGUCUCACUGCUGUGUACCUGGAGGGACCUGGAACACUCUUGACCGCCAGUCACACCCACUGUCAACACACAUGCCCCCACAAACAACCCCACACACAUCAACAGACUACAGCAAUCCAAACGUAUAGAGUCAACAGAGGCCCAGGGGAGUUUGAGCAGAACUCUGCUUGUAGGUUACUUUGGGGUAGCAUAAUGAAAAGCACAUUUUGCAAUAUCUCCAGUAAUGUCCUUUUAAUCAAAAUACAACAUAUUUGACAUAUUAACAUUGAACCUGUAUUGACCGUUAUUUAUAUUUUACCAUAACUCUUAUUUCUGAGUUGUUACAGGCAGUAUAAACAAAACUGUCUGCCUGAGACUGUGUUCAAUUGACAGCCACCCUGUGUUACAUAGUACACCUUUUCUGCAACCCUACCGAACCAAUCAAUGUCUCCAUUCCUGCUAAAUCUCUGUGACCCAGACAAAAUGGCCACCAACCCUGUAAGGGACACUGUGCCUUUGAUUUCCCCCCUCAGCCGUGUCCUGUCGCCAGCUGGAUGGAGCGCAGGCAGACAUUGGGGAGUGUCUGAAGUUUGCCAACACCAUGCCCCCCAUCACUCAGCGGUGCCAGCUCCCAUGCCAGGAUGAUUGCCAGCUCACCAACUGGUCCAAGUUCUCGUCCUGCACAGCUGACUGUGUGGGGGUCCGAACAAGGAAGAGGUUACUUGUAGGUGAGGAAUGGUAACAAAACGUGAGGACUUUUGGCAGUAUCACACCUUUGCACAGUGGCAGUCCAGUAAGGAAGUAUAGCUUAUAAGCAACACAUGACUGAUUCAGUUUACGCUAUGACCUUGUGAGAAGGGGAAGUAGCAUGUAGCCUGCUAGAGUGCAGCAUAGAUGCUAUUAGCAACUAUUAGCUCAAGUCCCUUGGUUUGGGGAGCAGCCUGAGAAUUGUAAAGAGGUCUGGUCCAAUUAAUCAUAAUUAACAUAAUUAUGCAUAUUAAUUCCCGGUGAUGGGCAGCUUUUAAAUUGCACGACAGACAGGCAGACACACACACACACACAAACUUCAUACCUACUAACCCCUAUCCUCUCUCCACCCCAGGGAGAAGCAAGAAGAAGGACAAGUGUAAGAACACCCAAAUGUACCCUCUGAGCGAGACCCAGUACUGCCCAUGUGACAAGUACAACGCCCAGCCCGUGGGCAACUGGUCCGACUGCAUCCUGGCCGGGGGAGACCGCGUGGAGGGCCUCCUGGGCAUGAAGGUGCAGGGGGACAUCAAGGAGUGUGGCCAAGGCUACCGCUACCAGGCCAUGGUGUGUUACGACCAGGACAACAGACUGGUGGAGACCUCACGAUGCAACAGCCACGGUGGGGUGGAGUUGUUGGGGGUGUGGGGUUGUUGGGGGUGUGGGGGUGUGUGGGAGGAUAGGUGGGAAAAUGUGGGUUGUGUGUGUGUGUGUUGUGUGCGUGUGCAUGUGUGUGUGUGUGUGUACCCCCCAGGGGGAUGUCGACUAGCCGUAAUCCCCCCUGAGCCCCUCACACACACACACACACACUAAUACACACACAGAGAGAGUGUGACCUAAUCGCAUCAUGCAUUGCUCCGUUAACUAUGACCCCUGAUCUCUGAUGAUGACUGCUGACCUGCCAGCACCAAAUCUGCCCCAAAUCACAGCUACAGUGCUUGGUUUGAUGCCAAGGGCAGGGAUGUGCGUCGACUGGGUUGUUAGGUUUCUCUCCAAUGAUGAUUUCAGUGAUACAGUAAGCACUGUGUGCAAAUGUUGCAAUAUCUGUAUUUGAAUUGAAGAUGUUUUGACACUUUCAAAGUUCUCUGGCUCUCAUGAAUAUCACUAUUUUUAAAAGUGCUGUUUAUUUUUAAAACUGUACUUUUUUAACUGAAUUUGACAUGAUUUAUUUUCUCAAACAUUCUUGUCUGAACUAUUCUUAUCUGAAUCGCUCUUAUCUCCUUGUUCUUAAAACAUGAAGCGCAAAGGAACACUCGAUACCAUCUCUAAUUUGACACAUGAAGACAAGUUGCUUUUAGAAUAGUUGAAUUUUGAAGACGUGUACUGAUAUAAGCAGUAGCACAGAGCGAGACAUAGAAAUGAACACAUCAGUGUCAUGCAUUUCUAAACAGAGCCUAAGCUAUGACUCAGAGAUGCAGUUGCACAUUAGUAAGCCUGGGAGUGGGUAUGACUGGAGCCCGACAUUGGGACGUAUUAGGGAAGAAAAUAUGUAUGUUUGUGGGACAAGGUAUACUGUAUAUUAUUAUGGAAGGGCAUUAUAGUGUACUAGGAGAGUGUGUUUUUGUAACAGAGAUUACAUUGUUACGUAUCGUCUCGUUACAGUAUGUAUCGUAAUACAUCCAAUACCACUCUCCCUUCCCUAUCUCUCUCUCUCUCUCCUCUAGAGAAUAGAGAAAGUCCAUCAUCCUCUCUACUCUUCUUUCUCUUCCCCUCUCCACUCUCUCCUCCUCUUCCCUCUCUCUACUCUCUCUCUUCUCCUCUCUCUCUCUCUCUCUCUUGCUCUCUCGCUCUCUAUCUCUCGACCCUCUCUCUCUCUGCUCUAUGUUACUUCUCAGACUCUUUAUCCCUCUCUCUUUAUCGCUCUCUCUCUUGCUUUCUCCCUCUCCGUCUCUCUCUCGCUCCCUCUCCCUCUCCCUCUCUCUCUAUCUCUCUUGCCCUAUCUCUAUCUCUAUCUCUCUCUCUCUCGCUCUCUCAAUUAAAUUAAAUUAAAUUUGCUUUAUUGGCAUUACGUAACAAUGUACAUAUUGCCAAAGCUUACUUUGGAUAUUUACAAUAUUAACAUAAUUAAAAUAAUAAUAAUCAAUAUUGUCAAUGGGACAACAGUAACAACAAUAACUAAGGGUCAAAAUAACCAUUGAACAAUAACAAUAUAGAGGACAUGUGCAGGUUGGUUGGUCUGUCAGACACUGUCCCUCAUCUUAUGGCAGGCAGCAAUGUAGUGUGUUGCCAACCCACAGCUCUCUGCGUCCUCCCCCAACAGGACGGGUAGCCUAUUCUCAUCAGAGAGGUCUUUGAAACCUUGAAAAACGGUUUCACAUUUUGGGAAAUGACACUGUCUAAUUGUUUUAUACUUUUGACAUUUUGUCAGGAAAUGCAGCUCUGUCUAGGGUUCUGCUGUGGUGCAGUGGUUUCACAGCCUUCCCUUUACAGGGAGCCAGGUUCUCCUGUGUCUACCCUUCUCAAUGGCAAGGCUGUGCUCACUGAGCCUGUACUUUGUCAAGGUUUUUCUAAGAUUUUGAUCAGUAACCAUGGUCAAAUAGUUAGCCACAGUGUACUGUCGAUUUAGGGCCAGAUAGCGCUGCAUUUUAAUUUGUGCUUGUGCUUGUGUUUCCCAAUAAGCAAUGUAGUUUUGUUUUGACUGUGUUGUAAUUUGGUUUAUUCUGAUUGAUUGGAUGUUCUGGAGCUGAGGCUUCAGUGUGUUAGUAGAACAGGUUUGUGAACUCAGCCCCAGGACCAGCUGGAUGAGGGGACUCAUUUAUUUGCUCAGCUCUUGGCAUUGCAGGGCUUGGUAAUGAUAUGAGAGGGUGUCACUGUAUUUUAGAUGUUUCCAAAACUUAAUUGCUAUUUUUUGAGUUUUUAUUAUUAGUGGAUAUUGGCCUAAUUCUGCCCUGCAUGCAUUGUUUGUAGUUUUCCUCUGGACAUGUAGGAGAAUCUUACAGAACUCUGCAUGCAGGGUUUCAAUUAGGUGUUUGUCCCAUUUAGUGAAAUCUUGUUUUGCAAGUGGACACCACACCUCGCUGCCAUAAAGUGCAAUUGGUUCAAUGACAAAUUCAAUUCGUUUUAGAAUGAAGUUUUAGAAUUUGUUUUUUAAUGUUGUUGAAUGCCCUGCGUGCUUUCUCUCUCAGUUCAUUCACAGCAUCAUUAAGGUGUCCAGUUGAGCUUAUUUUUAAACCUAAGUAAUUGUAGUGUGUGCAGUACUCUAUAUAUUUUGUACCAAUUGAGAACUUUGGUCUAAUUCCCUGAGAUCUGGAUCUUCUCUGGAAAAUCAUUAUUUUAGUAUUUUUUGGGUUUACUGCCAGGGCCCAGGUCUGGCAGUACUGCUCUAGCAGGUCCAGGCUCUGCUGUAGGCCAUGUGCUGUGGGUGACAGCAGGGCUCAGAUUGCAACCCUGGCGAAGGCCCCACCCCUGGUUAAAGAAUUCUGUUAUUUUCUUGCCAAUUUUGAUGAUGCACGUAUUGCCAUUGAUUUAAUUAUGUCAUAUGUUUUACCCCCCUACACCACUUUCAAUAAUUUUAUAGAACAGUCCUGUAUGCCAAAUAGAAUCAAAUGCUUUUUGGAAGUAUAUAAAGCAAGCGUACAUUUUGGUAUUAUUUUGGUGGACAUGUUUAUCUAUCAGGGUGUGUAAGGUGUAAAUAUGAUCGGUCGUGCAAUGUUUUGUAAUAAAUCCAAUCUGGCUUUUACACAAGACAUUGUGCUUAUUAAGGAAUUGUUGAACUCUUACAUUUAUAAUACUACAGAAAACCUUCCCCAGGUUCCUGUUCACACAAAUGCCUCUGUAAUUGUUAGGGUCAAAUAUGUUUCCGUUCUUAAAGAUUGGGGUUAUGAGUCCUUGAUUCCAGAUGUCAGGGAAAUAACCUACACUCAGGAUCAAGUUAAACCGUUUUAAUAUAGCCAAUUGACAUUUUGCACUAGUGAAUUUGAGCAUCUCAUUUAGGAUGCCAUCAGGUCGCAUAUUUUUAAAUUGAGGGCUUACUCUCUAUCUAAAGCUCUAGCGAGAGAGGUCUCAUCUAAGAUCUAAGUCAUAGAGCUCUAGAGAUCUGAGAUAUCUAUCUCUCUCUCUGUCUCUCUUCUAGAGUACUUAUCAUCUCUAUCUCUCUCGAUCAUGCUUCUCUCUCUCUCUCUAUGAUCUCUUCUCGCGGCUCUCAUACCUCUCUUCUAUCACUCUCUCUCUCUCUCUCUCUCUCUCUCCUCUAUCCUCCUCCCAUCAUCAGGGUUAAUGUUAAUAGAAGAGGAAACAUUGUCCUCUCCACCACUGUGUGUAUGGUGACAUAUUCCCCCAGGCUGUGAUCGAGAUCAGUGAAUGUAGUUAUCUCCAUUCCCCCCAGAUAUCAAUAGAGGCAGGGAUUAACGCUAAAAGGCUGUGUUGCUCACAGCUACAACAUUCACAGUCCUUUUACUGCUCACUUUUUUUUAGAAGGCACCUUCCUUUUUUUAAAGGGUGUGGAUGCUUCGAGAUAACUAUUUAAUCUAUUGCUGAUUUGUUGGAGUCUAUGGAGUUUUCCUCAUUUUUUGGGGUUAACAUUUUCACAUGUGAAUUGUUAAAGUCUCCAUGGUGGGUAAAAAAUAUGUUGGUUGGGAGAUUGACUAGUGACCAUGUGCACAGAAUCCAUAUUAGGAACAUUGCCAUUCCUCCUCAUUAGACCUCACCCCUUACCUUGAUAAUGUUCCUAAUAUGGAUUCUGUACUUUGUUACUCUGCUGUGCCAUUUUCUAUGAUUAUAUACUGUAGGAUGGCUCUGAGGGCCUUGGCCUUGGCUUGACAGGAAUUGGGUGGUUAAGAGGGAAUGAGGUCACUGUGGGAAUCUGCGCUAUAUGUGGAGGCUUGUAGUAGUAGUAGGGCAGACAUGUUGGUAAGGACCAGUAACCUCUAGCAGUGUGGGAGGUUGUGGUGGUGAGGUGGUUUUGUUGGAGGCGGACAUAUUAGUAAGGGCUAGUGAACUACUCUACAUGGGCAGGAGAACGCUAAUAUAGUGGGAGGAUGAGGGGCUGCCAUGGUAUUAAGAGAUGACUGGGGCACUUCCAAACUGCUGAAAAUGAUGCAGCAAAAAAUCAAGUGAACGCAAUCGGUUGUGCUAAAUCUAAGCUGUGCAACCAUAAAUGUUUAUAUUUAAAUAGUACGAUUGAACUUUUGAUGCUACACAUCCUGUCUAUGAAUCCCUCAAGAAAUGGAAUACAGAAUGCAGUUUUUCACCCACCUCGUAUCCUCCCAUUCCACCACACCCCUGCACACACACAGCGGACAACUAUACAUCAAAAUGUGUUUUGGUUUGAAACUGUCUUUACACUGUAGCUGUAGGACUAAUCAAACAUAUACAGACAUUCUCCAUAUUUUUAACUCUGGUACUAAUUCCACUGAGUGGAAUUGGCACUGUAGGAACCGAACUGUAGCAUGGGGUUAAUGUACAUGUAUAGGAGAUGGAACACAUUCGUGAUGGUUCUUGAACUACAUGGAAUAAGGGGUGAUUUUAAUUAAUUGGGCUGGCUUAAAGAGAAAUUGAAGGCAAUAAAUAACCUGGCCUAUGUGGCAUCGAUAUUAGUCAGAAACAUUUGUUCUAGUGUCAAAAUGUACUACGAAGUGUAAAUAGGAUAAUUUUGCUCAUAGAGUCAGUCUCGUCCAAACAGAGAUUUGAGAGAUAAUUAGGAAAAAAAUGAUACGUCACGGAAUGAAGGGUACAGUAUCAGUUUUCCUUGGAUUGGGUUUAUUUCAAUCCUGCCCACAGCUUGCAGCAUCCAAGUAAUCAUCAAUUUGGGAAUGCGCAGCUGCCCAUGGUCAAUUUGGUUUGACAUUCCUCAUCCUUAUGGGGCUAGUUAGGGACAAUCAGUAGAUUACACAAUGUACAUGGGACAAUAUUUUAAAAUGUCAAUAGCUCCAAAUUUCAAUAACUUAAAAAUCUCUAACCAACUAUAAAUUGUAGAAAUUCAUAUAGAAAUAUUAAAAGCAUUUAAUGAGACAACUAAAACGCCUCCAAUACCUAAAUCUCGUCUUAUGUUGCAUUUCCUAACAAGGAGAAUUGAAACCGAGGCUAAAUCAGGAAGUUCAUCCCCUCUUUAAGGGAGUCUGGACUAGAGAGGGAGGUCAAGGGUGAUGACCCUGAUUAUAGAAGUCAUGCUGAUCCCAGCAGGACACUGAGAGGGCGAUGUGGAGAUGGACUGAGGGCCACUGUGGGUGUAAUGGGGGGAGAGGUCAAUGGGAUAUGUGGGAGGUGUGUGUGUCAGAGGAGGCUCAUUGUAAUGGCUGAAAUGGAAUAAUUGGAAUGGACUCAAACAUGUGGUUUCCAUAUGUUUGAUGUGUUUGAUACCGUUCCAUUAAUCCAUUCCAGCCAUUACAAUGAGUCUGUCCUCCUAUAGCUCCUCCCACCAGCCUCCACUGGUGUAUGUGAUGUCACAUGACAGUAAGACGUGUCACUGUGCCACUAGGGUCACCCCUGUUGGGAUCGGAGAGGCUUUUCUCCCUGCCACCCCGUCUUCCUGUCACGUGGUCUGUCCCAUCACUCAGGGAGCUCCUAUGUUUGAACAGGAUUCCAGGGUAAAAUACUGCUGACAAUGGCAGCAGUUUAAUAGCCAGGGCUUCCAAUCAAUCACAAAUCUAGCGCCUAGAGAGAGUCUUCAGGAAGACAGAAUGUUGUCAAAAAGUGCAUUUUAUACACAAACACUUCAUUUUGUCUCCUUCCGUGUUCACUACAUUGAUUUAGAUGUUUUCCAAUUAAAAUCUGGAUUGGACCACAGGGAAAUGCUGUUACCACAAUAGUUCAGCCUCAGGCCUUCAACCCUUAAGCUUUAGUUCAGACCCAGCCCUCAAACUUAUACAAUACACUGUAUAUUCCAGUUCCUUAACAACUGUCUCGUGAAAGCAUAGAGAAGAAAUGUGUUGUUCCCCACUGAAAUGUAGCCAGUGGUUCACAUGGAUAGCCUCUUCCAGUGAAUUAGCCUGGGACCUCUGUGUGUUUGUCCAGACAGACACAGGAUAUCAGGAUUGGGGAUGUAGGCAUCCAGAUAAACAGGAGUAAUAAGCAGAGUGAGAUGCUUAAGCCAGCCAGCCCCAGUUACCAUGUCAUGACCCUGUCAGCCACUUGAGGAAACAUAGAUUACAUGAAAAAGCUUACAGUGGACCCAAACCACUGCUCAAGUGUAUUUUUAGACUUGAUAUAACAGCUUCAUAUGAGACCCUGGAGUGUAGCUCUAUUGUUAUAGCACAAAAUCAACAGUCUCUGUAAAUCAACAGUCUCUGUAAAUCAACAGUCUCUGUAAAUCAACAGUUUAGUCAUUAUUUGCUCAUGUUGUUGGUACUAGUAUUGGCUUUCUGGUCAUGUGAUAUCGUUACACCUUGGAUUUUGUCUAAGUUGCACAUACAAUAUUUUCAACACACACAAGUUUAUUAUAAUAUUAUUGUUUAUAACAGAAAACAAAAAAAUAAUAGGUAACACUUUAUUUUUGGUCAGUGCUUUUAACUCCUUCAUGAAAAUGUCCUGAACAUGCCAAUGAGUUUUAUAACAUGUCAUAACCUUAUUGCAAUCAGACCGAAAUAGAUGCUAUGCCAUGGAAAGGAAAGGCUAUGCUUCUUAGGGCUCCUGAGGGCCUCUAUGGGCCCCUGUCUUUUCCUGGCCCUUCUCACACCACUCUCUCUCUCCUCCAUGCAGGCUACAUUGAGGAGGCAUGCAUCAUCCCCUGUCCCUCAGACUGUAAGCUCAGUGAGUGGUCCAACUGGUCCCGCUGCAGUAAGUCAUGUGGUAGCGGGGUCAAAGUGCGUUCCAAGUGGCUCCGGGAGAAACCCUACAACGGAGGGCGACCCUGCCCCAAACUGGACCACAUCAACCAGGUACAGCAUGAUAAACACUCACAAGGCUGUCUAAUGUAGAAAUGAGUUAAUGUUUACUUGUAAGAAUUUGUCUGACAGCUGAGGGACUUCCUAAUAUGGAUGCCAUUUUUUCCUAAUAUGGAUACUGUUUUUUCAGGCACUGUUUGUGAUAAUAAACACAGUUUUUGUGUUAGAAACACAUUAUUACAAACACAUAGGAGAGAGAGAAACAAAUUAAAUAUUCAUGAAGAUAUUCAGUUUGCAUUACCUUCCAUGACUUUCUCUCAUGAUUGCCAAAUUGCUUUUGCUGGGUAGAACAGAGAGCCAGAGGAAUGAACGCUAUAAAUGGAUCCGUCCACACUAAUGCCCCUGUGAGCUGGCUGAUUCCUGAUUUGAGAAAUGAAAUAGUUUACCUUCAAUAUGAAUAGAAACAGAUUCAGAGAAGUGGAUUAAAGUCAUGUCAUGUUGAUCUGUUUGUCACUGUUUGAAUUCUCUAAAGGGGUCUUCACAGAGGCAGCCUUUGAUUUACAAUGUCACAUUCAUCAAAUGUUUGAUCUUAGCAGUUCAAUAUUUGCAUUUGUCAAUUAUACCAAAUCUAUGUCACUUUCAUUCCACAAUGCACACUGGAUACGGCUUACCACAAUAGGCCCAGGUAAGACCCUUUUCUGUAUUAUGAAUUCAUAUUGUCAACAAUGUUACAUAUACAGAUAUCUCUAUUUGUGCAUAGUACUGUACAGAACAUUCACAGAUGUAGCUUGGUAAGAUUAAAAAGGAUGGACAUCAGCACUAACAAAACACCUCUGAUAAUGUCUUAAUCAUCUCAACACAGUAAUAUCAUUGACGCUAUUCUUGUCAUCCAAACUCAAUUAUAACGGAUGUAAUAACCAUAUAAAAUAUAUAUGAAUGUCAAACCCCUUGCCUGGUGCCUUCCCCCAGGUGUAUGAGGUUGUGCCCUGUAUUAGUGACUGUAGUCAGUAUGUGUGGGUGGCUGAACCCUGGAGUGGGUGGAAGGUCAGCAACGUGGACCUGAAGGAAAACUGUGGAGAGGGCGUCCAGACACGCAAAGUCAGGUACUAUACCGUUUCACUACAUCACACUACUGUAGACUAAGUAAAACCAUCCCAAGAAAUGUUCUACUCCCUCAUAUGAAGAAUAUAUUGCAUUUGAUUGACAGUUGAUUUUAAUGGAAAAUAUUUUGACUAUGUAAGGUCAUAUGAACCCAUCUCUGGGCCAAUCCCGUAGGUGUAUGCUGAACACUAUCGACGGUCCAUCUGAGUCUGUGGAGGACUACCUGUGUGACCCAGAGGACAUGCCCCUGGGGACGCGGGGAAGCCGGCUGCCCUGCCCCGAGGACUGUGUCCUCUCUGACUGGGGCAGCUGGAACCGCUGCAGCCUGGUAAGAAUAACUGGUCUGAGACCAGUCAUCUCUAUUCAUGUAUGUAUGAUGUGUAUGUGAUGGCUGUAGUAAGAAGUAUCCUGGAUCUGUACAAAAGUGUUGGCCUCUCUGGAGUCGAUGCAGCCUGCUAAGAACCACUGGUACAUGUCUGUGGUAAGAACUGACACUGGAUCUGUAGGAGAGUAUUUUUAAUUCACCCACUGAUUCUGUGAUAUGAAGUCCUGUGAUUGAAACUGUGAUACCCAUUUCUCACUUUUUGAAAGAGACUCGAACCUAACAUAAGGAGUUUGUUUGUCUUAGUAUAAAUGGACUGUGAGUCUUUCACAGUAUGAUAUUUCUUCCUCCACAGAAGCAAAAAAAUAAUAAAAAAGAAAUAUGUGCUGUAGAACGGUAACAAAUGCCUGUGAAUCACAUUAUCCAAUUCUCACCCAUUAACAUAGACAGGGAAAGAAACCGAGGUAACUACUCCUGAAAGAGACUUCACUGGAGGUGAUUGUAUUUCUGGAUGUAAAAAUCCCCUAGUGAAACAGAUGCACCUGCUCUGAUCGGAUCAUGAACCACUCUCACUCUCUAGCCUGACACAUCCAACAUGUCAUUACUGCUGGGAAGCCUUUGUAACAUGAUAAAGAUAGACAGACCAUGGUUGUCUCACAGCUGUAAAAUAGACAUAAAUAUAAAUAUGUAUAAAAUAUAAAAUAGUACAUAUACUGAAUACAAUCAAAGUCCAGUAGUUAUCCGCAGUAACAGUGGGAUGCUGCCUUGGUCCACUCCUACCCUCUCUGACACAUUUCAUUGGUUGUAAAAAAGCGAUUGAACUGUUUCGACGUCACCUGCUGUUUUCCUGAAAGGGCACCAGCCAUUGUUAAUCACACCCCAUUCUCUUUAAGUGCUUGACAUGCUGACUUCCCACAAUUCCAAUCUCGACAUGGAGUCGCGCUGGUACCAGCAGGGCUUGUUCUAUGUUUUAUUCAUGACGAACAAAACAUUCCAGCAAUGGAGUUAUUCCAGAGGCAGCGUUUUUUCCGCUCUCACACUGUGUAAAUUGAAUGUAAGGAAUGUUAGGAUGGAAUUUCUAUUCGAGAAGCAUCCUCAACUUUUUCCGGGAACAAAUUCCUAAUAAUUCCAUAUUCCGGGAAUGCCAGUAGAGAGGAUAUGGAACAGUUGUCAGUCCUGGGAAUGGGGAAUGGCAUGACAUCAGAACAUGGAACCUUAAUCCAUUUAUUUAGGAAAAUUAAAUAUGGAGCAAGAAACUGGGAAAUAAUCCAGAAGCCUGCAAAUUCACACAGUUUAAUCGACUUUUAUGUUCAAUAAAUAUGGACAUCAUGGCAGCAAGGUCUCUCCAUUGAAAAAGGGCUUAGUUCCAGCUCAGUGAUCUGUCUACGUAUAAUUCUUAUCACUUGCUGCAAUAUGGAUUUGUAAAUAAUUUACGCUAUAAGAAAAAUGCACGGCCCUCCCCCUUUUUGCUCAACCCCUCCAUGUUUACGUGAAAUUGUGCCUACCUUUCAGCCAUGCAGUUACAACAACAGCAGGAAACGGACAGCCUACGCCAUCAGGUCACCUGGAGCAGGGAGACCAUGUCCAGACACCACAGAGAAGGAGCCAUGUCGUCUGAACCUGAACUGCUUUCACUAUUUCUACAACAUCACAGGUAAAAAAAAACGAAUGAAUCGCAGAACAUCCACUUUGACAUCUUCCAUUUAGUUUGUCUAUAAGUAGGUACUUUCCCUCAUCAGUGGCUAUCUACUUACACUGUUAUUUAAAGGCCCAAUGCAGCUGUUUUUAUCUUAAUAUGAAAUAAUUUCUGGGUAACAAUUAAGUACCUUACUGUGACUGUUUUCAGUCAAAAUGGUCAAAAAGAAACAAAAAUAGCUUCCUAGAAAGAGCAAUUUCUUGGUCUAUCAACUUAUUUACCGCCUGGUGACUCCAUCACCAAAACAGGCAGACAUUUCAGGCAGUGUUUUUAAACAGCUCUUACACUAAAAGGGCAUUAUCAUCAUUUUCACAGUAUUUUCAUAGUAUUAUUCCAACCUCAUAGUGUGGAAUAUAUAUAAAACACAGGAAAAUCACGUUUUUGACUGCACUGGGCCUUUAAGUGUUCUAAUUUUACUCAUACUGAAAUAACUUUACCCAACUAAUGCAGUUUUUUUUAAAUCUAUAUACACGCUAUAUGGUAGUGUAUUAAUAUUGCACACUCUUGGUGCAGCAUACUCUAUCUAGUGCUACUCCUACACCACUUGCUCCAAUUAAACUGCACAGUCUUUUAAUUUUUUGGUGGCUCCUCUGUGAUUCCAGAGAUUUGUAGUGUUAUCUUCAAUACCGUAGCUCUCUAUCCCUCUCCUUCUGUUGCUCACUUCUCUAUAAAACCCCACUGCUAAUAUGUAGCGCUCCGCUCCCAGCAGCACCCAGGCUUUUCAGGGCCACACAGUAACUAUGUAAAUAAAAUACCAGUAGAGAUCAUUACUGGAAAUGCUCUAUUUCAUGUUGCCAGGGACCAUCUUGCCUCUGCUUCUUUGAAUCGCUCUCUCUCUCUCUCCGCAAUCUCCCUCUUCCACUCCCCCGAGUGCCACAAAGCUUUGCAGCAGGAGUUGAGCUCCUAAAACAGCCGCUAAAAACAGCCACUCAUCUUUGUCAGAGUGUUGCAGGCAUUUAAGUGAUCCCCGGGCCCCUCCGUGGUAGACAGGCUUCCUGGCUUUAACUAGAGCCAUGUGGUUAUCUGACUGGGGGCUCUGGGACUCCAACUUCUCUGGAUUCAAAUGAUAUGCUUCACUUCAGAGGCUCGUUUAUUUUGGGUCUGUAUUAAACAGGUUGAACUGCAAAGUCAAGGUGGUGUCUGAGAAAUGAGUGAUGGGAGAUGCGAAAGGGGCACAACACACAACUUGAUGUCUUUCUUGAACAGUGGUGUAAAGUACUUACGUUUUGGUGUAAAGUUUUUUUGAGUAUCUGUACUUUAAUUUUCUAUUUAUAUUUUUGAUUACUUUUCCUUUUACUUCACUACAUUCCUAAAGACAAUUAUGUACUUUUACUCCAUACAUUUUCCCUGACACCCAAAAGUACUCCUUACAUUUUGAAUGCUUAGCAGGACAGGAAACUGGUCCAAUUCACACACUUAUCAAGAGAACAUCCCUGGUCAUCUCUACUGCCUCUGAUCUGGCAGACUCACUAAACACAAAUGCUUUAUUUGCAAAUGGCGUCUGAGUGUUGGAGUGUGCCCCUGGCUUUCCAUAAAUUUAAAAAACAAGAAAAUUGUGCCAUUUGGUUUGCUUAAUAUAACAUUAUUUUACUUUUACUUUUGAUACUUAAGUAUAUUUUAGCAAUUACAUUUUACUUUUGAUACUUAAGUAUAUUUAAAACCAAAUACUUUUAGACUUUCACUCAUGUAGUAUUUUACUGGGUGACUUUUAACUUUUACUUGAGUCAUUUUCUGUUAAGGUGUCUUUACUUUUACUGAAGUAUGACAAUUGAGUACUUUUUCCACCACUUCUCUUGAAAUAGGCGUGGGCGUUUCUUUUGAGCUUUUUACGUGCUCCUCCGUCAUGUGCCCUAGUUUAGCUGUCAAAAGCAUGGCAGAGCAGGUGUUACAAGCGGUCAUGACUCUGUUCAGUUAAUGAGUUCAAGUGUUAGAGGUGUUCUCUAUGCAUCUGUUGCCAAACUAAUCAACUGCCAUCAAACUCAACUGAGUAAAUAUCCUAUCUUUAGAAAAGGGCUUGGGGUUGGAACUGCCUAAAACAGGCUUUGACAUCAAAUGUACCCUUUGCGUAAUGAUUGAAGCUUUGCACGUGUAUCUCAAGUUUGGGCCAAUGAUGUAUAUAAACACUAUAUUGCAUGAAAGGCUUUGAAGCCACCGGUCGGGCAUAUUGGUACUCCCCAGAAGAAGGAGUCAUCCAUAGGAAUGAAUGGAACUCUACAAUAUUUCAAUUAAAUGUUUCAAGGGAAAAAUUACAUGUAUUUAAGUAUUUUAAUAUUGUACUGGGGACAGCAACAUUAUUACUCUCUAAAAAUUAUACUUUAAGGAAAAUGUUCUUAUAUAUUUAUUUUAUUCUUAUUUGUAUGUUUAGCUCACAUAAUAUAAUUUCAAAGUAUGCAUUAAGGUGUCUGUAAUAGAAUAAACUUGGUAAACAUUUCUAUAGCUUAUUUCUUACAACGGUGGGGGAGUAGUAAAAUGGAGAUGCGGUGGCUUCAAAUCAGCGCCCCCUGUUAGCUAUCUAGUGUAUAUAUAAAUCAUUGGUUACUGUACACUGAGUAUAGAAAACAUUUAGAACACCUGCUCUUUCCAUGACAUAGACUGACCAGGUGAAUCCAGGUGAAAGCUAUGACCCCUUAUUGAUGUCACUUGUUAAAUCCACUUAAAUCAGUGUAGAUGAAGGGGAGGAGACAUGUUAAAGAAGGAUUAUCAAGCCUUGAGACAAUUGAGACAUGGAUUGUGUAUGUGUGCCAUUCAGAGGGGUGAAUGGGCAACACAAAAAAAAUGUGUGCCUUUGAACGGGGUAUGGUAGUAGGUGCCAGGCACAUCGGUUUGGUGUGAAGAACUGCAACGCUGCUGGGUUUUUCACGCUCAACAGUUUCCCGUGUGUAUCAAGAAUGGUCCACCACCCAAAGGACAUCCAGCCAACUUGGCACAACUGUAGGAAGCAUUGGAGUCAACAAGGGCCAGCAUCCUUGUGGAACGCUUUCAACACCUUGUGGAGUCCAUGCCCCAUGACGAAUUGAGGCUGUUCUGAAGGCAAAGGGGGGUGCAACUCAAUAUUAGGAAGGUGUUCCUAAUGUUUGGUAUACUCAGUGUAUGUUUGUGAGUUUUGGUUGAAUUUGAGUGUGAUUUUCAUACUGGUCUGCCUUUCCCCUCAGACUGGAGCACAUGUCAGCUAAGUGCCAAUGCUGUGUGUGGGAACGGCAUCAAGACGCGGAUGCUGGAUUGUGUACGCAGCGACGCCAAGUCUGUCGACCUCAAGUUCUGUGAGGAGGUGAGACCCUCUUAAAUGCUCUAUCCCCAACUCCUGAUUGCGAUCCUUGCUCUCAUUCAGGUACACUAUGAUGAAAGUCAAUACUGAGUCAAUACUAGUGAUAUUGAAAUUUGACCUUUUCCAGAGUAACUGAACCAUCUGUACUGUCAAUAGUUUGAAGUUGUGUGUCCUUAGAGUAUUGCUAAUUUAGCUCAGCAGAGCAGCAGUAACGUAAUAUAUUAUCUCUUUGGAUCAGUAUCAGCCACAAGUGAUUCUAGGCCAUUAAAAUGACAGGCAUGUACUGUAUCUCCAUAAAACAUUUAGAAGUGUUUACACAUGAGGACUGCUGUAGUCCCAUCAGAUUCAACUCAAUUCAUUCAUAAUCCAUUCAGACUCUCUCAAAUUGUCCGCUGCAGGCUGUAGUGGAAAGACUAACCUCACUGCUAUUGAACCCAUGGCCCAGUUUCAGUCCGGCUCAAUCAGUGAUAAUAGGGUUUAAACAAGCCGGGUGCCCAUCCUGUGCCAGAACAGAACCAGAGACUCCUAGGAAUUAUAGGCUGUUUACCUAGGGGUCAGACAGAAGUAAUGGGUCUGGGCUGGCUGUAACAGUCUGUUGCAAAACCCCACUAUGAUAGGUGUUGUGACUGAUAAUGUUACUGAGUGAAAAUGAUCCCGCUCUUUCAUAGCUGAGCCUGGAGAGGAAGUGGCAGAUGAACAUUUCCUGUGUGGUGGAGUGUCCCGUCAACUGCCAGCUGUCUGAUUGGUCAGCCUGGUCGGAAUGCUCGCACACGUGUGGACUGGAUGGUAAGGCAAAGACCUGAUCAUACUCUUAUAUCCUUAUACUGUCAAUGGCUCCUAGGUAAAUGUCUGAGAUUUUAAAAAAGGACACUUAAUGGGUUAACUUCUCAUGAGGGUAAUCAAACCAGACUCAUCUUGAUGGUUAUUAGAAUAUUGGUUCCAUAUGAGAUUGUCACGAACGUUGAGAGACGGGUCAGACCAAGGUGCAGCGUGGUAUGCAAACAUGUUUAUUUAAUACUAAACACAAAAAAACUAAAAAAAACAACGUAACGUGAAGUCCAAGGCUAUACACAAUACAAGGCUAUACACGGAACAAGAUCCCACAAACAUAGUAGGCAACUGGGCUACCUAAGUAUGAUCCCCAAUCAGAGACAACGAGCGACAGCUGUCUCUGAUUGGGAAUCACACCCGGCCAAACAUAGAAACACAACUCUAGAUCCUAAACAUAGAAAACAUAGAUUCACACACCCUGAGUCCACAAACAAGAGUUCCAUACGUCAGGGCGUGACAGAGAUACAGUGCAUGAGUUACAUAAGGAAUGUUUGAAUGUUCUACAAUUGAAUGCCUUGUUUGCUACAAAUAUCCUAGUCAAGCUAUUAUCACAAAAUAUCUCAGACAGCCAUUGUUCGGAAAAAAACAAGAUUACAAACAAAACAAUAAGCAUUAAACACAGUCAUACAGUAUCUUCAAUCUCACCCUAUUUCAUUCAUCCAAUGUCCUUACAUAAUAGAAUGCACAUCUUCCUACAUUUACAUUACAUUUUAGUCAUUUAGCAGACGCUCUUAUCCAGAGCGACUUACAGUUAGUGAAUACAUAUUUUUUUUAUACUGGCCCCCCGUGGGAAAAGAACCCACAACCCUGGCGUUGCAAACGCCAUGCUCUAUCAACUGAGCUACAUCCCUGCCGGCCAUUCCCUCCCCUACCCUGGACCAAUUGUGCGCCGCCCAUGAGUCUCCCGGUCGCGGCCGGCUGCGACAGAGCCUGGAUUCGAACCAGGAUCUCUAGUGGCACAGUUAGCACUGCGAUGCAGUACCUUAGACCACUGCGCCACUCAGGAGCUCAAUGAUAACAUGGAUGUCACAUGGCUAGGUUAGUUCUUUGUAAAUAAUUCUAAUCCUGAUGGGACAAUAGAGGAACACAAACUAAAAACAUUAAAGGAAAACAAGGCAACAGUAAACAUCCCCCACGAAUGAUCCCCUCCAGAAAUUAGCCCAAUAACAUUUUGAUGAAAAGCAAUAUUUUUAGAGCCUGUACAUAUUCCUACAUUCGCAUAUUCCUACAUUCGCUGUGCUAUCAACCCAUGUUAAAUCAACAGCUCUUCUACGCUGUCAGAUUACCAACGAUCAUGGGGAUCUCUGCCUGCACAAAAACAACAUCGGCCCAUUUGAGACACAUCACAUCACACUCUUACUGGGGGUGGGAGAACCCAAGAAGGGUUCGGGAAAAAAUCACGAAACUGCUCAUUGAACUGAGAGCGAUUGCAUCAUAAAUCGCCCUGUAAAGUGACUGCUCUGUCCUUGUUGUUUGUUGUUGUGCAGCAUCAGACAAUUGAUUCUGUCCUAUUAUGUCUGUCUUCUCGGGGCCCUGUGGGGAGCCCUUUGAAGUAACAGCCAGCCUGUAGCCUCUAGCACCUGCAGCUAAAUCACAGGCAAGAGAUACAGUGGGGAGAACAAGUAUUUGAUACACUGCCGAUUUUGCAGGUUUUCCUACUUACAAAGCAUGUAGAGGUCUGUAAUUUCUAUCAUAGGUACACUUCAACUGUGAGAGACGGAAUCUAAAAUAAAAAUCCAGAAAAUCACAUUGUAUGAUUUUUAAGUAAUUAAUUUGCAUUUUAUUGCAUGACGUAAGUAUUUGAUACAUCAGAAAAGCAGAACUUAAUAUUUGGUACAGAAACCUUUGUUUGCAAUUACAGAGAUCAUACGUUUCCUGUAGGUCUUGACCAGGUUUGCACACACUGCUGCAGGGAUUUUGGCCCACUCCUCCAUAUAGACCUUCUCCAGAUCCUUCAGGUUUCGGGGCUGUCGCUUGGGCAAUACAGACUUUCAGCUCCCUCCAAAGAUGUUCUAUUGGGUUCAGGUCUGGAGACUGGUUAGGCCACUCCAGGACCUUGAGAUGCUUCUUACGGAGCCACUCCUUAGUUGCCCUGGCUGUGUGUUUCGGGUCGUUGUCAUGCUGGAAGACCCAGCCACGACCCAUCUUCAAUGCUCUUACUGAGGGAACGAGGUUGUUGGCCAAGAUCUCACGAUACAUGGCCCCAUCCAUCCUCCCCUUAAAGAAUGAUGUUUCCACCUCCAUGCUUCACGGUUGGGAUGGUGUUCUUGGGAUUGUACUCAUCCUUCUUUUUCCUCCAAACACGGCGAGUGGAGUUUAGACCAAAAAGCUAUAUUUUUGUCUCAUCAGACCACAUGACCUUCUCCCAUUCCUCCUCUGGAUCAUCCAGAUGGUCAUUGGCAAACUUCAGACGGGCCUGGACAUGCGCUGGCUUGAGCAGGGGGACCUUGCGUGCGCUGCAGGAUUUUAAUCCAUGACGGCGUAGUGUGUUACUAAUGGUUUUCUUUGAGACUGUGGUCCCAGCUCUCUUCAGGUCAUUGACCAGGUCCUGCCGUGUAGUUCUGGGCUGAUCCCUCACCUUCCUCAUGAUCAUUGAUGCCCCACGAGGUGAGAUCUUGCAUGGAGCCCCAGACUGAGGGUGAUUGACCGUCAUCUUGAACUUCUUCCAUUUUCUAAUAAUUGCGCCAACAGUUGUUGCCUUCUCACCAAGCUGCUUGCCUAUUGUCCUGUAGCCCAUCCCAGCCUUGCGCAGGUCUACAAUUUUAUCCCUGAUGUCCUCACACAGCUCUCUGGUCUUAGCCAUUGUAGAGAGGUUGGAGUCUAUUUGAUUGAGUGUGUGGACAGGUGUCUUUUAUACAGGUAACGAGUUCAAACAGGUGCAGUUAACAGGUAAUGAGUGGAGAACAGGAGGGCUUCUUAAAGAAAAACUAACAGGUCUGUGAGAGCCGGAAUUCUGACUGGUUGGUAGGUGAUCAAAUACUUAUGUCAUGCAAUAAAAUGCAAAUGAAUUACUUAAAAAUCAUACAAUGUGAUUUUCUGGAUUUUUGUUUUAGAUUCCGUCUCUCACAGUUGAAGUGUACCUAUGAUAAAAAUUACAGACCUCUACAUGCUUUGUAAGUAGGAAAACCUGCAAAAUCGGCAGUGUAUCAAAUACUUGUUCUCCCCACUGUACGUGUUUUAAGAGUGGCUAAAGGUGCAGUGGGGAUCCUCACCUGAUCUAUAGAGGAUGUUCUGUUGGCUAGAAUUAUUUCAGAGGGAGAAUGUUGUAUUUUACUGUCAGAGAAGUGUAGCAGGUGUUCUUUGUUUUUUGGUUGAGGGAGAGGAUAGCUGGCUCUGUGUUGGUAAAUAAGCUGUUAUAUGUGACCAAUUGCAAAACACAGAUGGAGAAAGGGUAAGGGGUUUGAAGAGUAUGUGGCGUGGAAGCAGUGAGAUGGAUUUAUACGAGAGGGGUGGAAAUUGAGGAAUGAAUGCGAGAGGAAGAGGUGUAAAUUGAGGCUGUAGUACUUGAAGUACCAGUGUGUUACAGCAAAUCACAACCUGUGUGUGUGUGUGUGUGUGUGUGUGUGUGUGUGUGUGUGUGUGUGAGCUCACUUAAUACCUAUACUUCAUCUGAGAUGAUACACUCUUAGUAUAACUACUGUAUACAUCACAUUGCAAAGCCCUUAGAAUCAAGAAAGCUUACAAAACACUCAAACUGCAGCACACUGGAUCCAUUACACAUAAGAGACUUCACCACCUCAUAUGCUCCUGUACUGGUGUUAUAUAAAAGGAAGGCAGUAGUUGGCAGAACAGAAAGGAAAAGUAAUUUUGCUCAAGUGGAAGAGUGGAAGUAGAGAGGUAAUCGAUAUAGCUGGAGGACAGAACAGCAUAGCAGGAUUUUUCAAGAGCUGCCUUUGUUAAGUCAAGCAGUUAUGGACAACUAAUACAGUAACCUAUGAAUAAUACAGUAACACACACGCACACACAGACGCACAGGAGUACACACGAAUACACACACACACAAAUACACUGUCACGUUCGUUCAAGGACGGGUCAGACCAAGGCGCAGCGUGAAAUGCGUACAUGUUUAUUAAACAGAAUAAACACACGACAAAACAAUAAACAAACGAAACGUGAAGUCCUAAGGUAACACACAACAAACCUAAACACGGAACAAGAUCCCACAACCCAUGAAUGCCAAUAGGCUGCCUAAGUAUGCUCCCCAAUCAGAGACAACGAGCGACAGCUGCCUCUGAUUGGGAAACACACCCGGCCAAACAUAGAACUACAAACCUAGAUCACAAACGUAGAAAAUACAACAUAGAACAUUCACACCCUGACUCAACAUAUAAGUCCCCUGAGUCAGGGCGUGACAGUACCACCCCCCAAAGGUGCGGACUCAGACCGCACAAACUUUACAUGACAGGGUAGGGGCCGGGUGGGCAUUCCGCCUCGGAGGCGGAUCCGGCUCCGGGCAUGAUGACCACAUACUCUCCGCCUCCCGGUUGCGCCUCUGGUCUGGUCUGAACCUCAGUGCGCUGCUUCCCCUCUCCUUCCUCCCACGAAGUACCAAGCCCUGUCUGGACCCUGGUGUGGGAGACCCCGAACCUGGAGAGGGGCUGACGUCUGGGUCUGGACUGGAACCGCUGACCGGAGCUGGACCGGGCACCGGUGGAGCGGACUGCUCAGGCUCCGGACUGGAGCUGCUGACCGGAGCUGGACUGGGCACCGGCGGAACGAACUGCUCUGGCUCCGGACUGUAGCCGCUGACCGGAGCUGGACCAGGCACCGGUGGAGCGGACUGCUCAGGCUCCGGACUGGAGCCGCUGACCGGAGCUGGACUUGGCACCGGUGGAGUGGACUACUCUGGCUCUGGAGUGGAGCCGCUGACCGGAGCUGGACUAGGCACCGGUGGAGUGGACUGCUCUGGCUCCGGAGUGGAGCCGCUGACCGGAGCUGGACUCGGCACCGGCGGAACGAACUGCUCUGGCUCUGGAGUGGAGCCGCUGACCGGAGCUGGACUAGGCACCGGUGGAGCGGACUGCUCUGGCUCCGGAGUGGAGCCGCUGACCGGAGCUGGACUCGGCACCAGCGGAACGAACUGCUCUGGCUCCGGAGUGUAGCCGCUGACAGGAGCUGGACCAGGCACCGGUGGAGCAGACUGCUCAGGUUCCGGACUGGAGCCGCUGACCGGAGCUGGACUUGGCACCGGUGGAGUGGACUGCUCUGGCUCCGGAGUGGAGCCGCUGACCGGAGCUGGACUAAGCACCGGUGGAGCGGACUUCUCUGGCUCCGGAGUGGAGCCGCUGACCGGAGCUGGACUGGGCACCGGUGGAGCGGACUGCUCUUGCUCCGGAGUGGAGCAGCUGACAGGAGCUGGAUUGGACCCCGGUGGAGCGGACUGCUCUGGCUCCGGAGUGGAGCAGCUGACGGGCCGUGCCGGACUGGACACACGCACCACUGGUCUGGUGCGAGGAGCAGGCACAGGCCGGACCGGACUGGGAACACGCACCACAGGCCUGGUGCGAGGAGCAGGAACAGGCCGGGCCGGACUGGCAACAUGCACCACUGGCUUGGUGCGAGGAGCAGGCACAGGCCGGACCGGACUGGGAACACGCACCACUGGCUUGGUGCGAGGAGCAGGUACGGGUCGUACCGGGCUGGCGACACGCACCACUGGCUUGGUGCGGGGAGCAGGUAUGGGGCGUACCGGGCUGGCGACACGCACCACUGGCUUGGUGCGGGGACCAGGCACGGGCCAGACCAGACUGGAAACACGCACCACUGACUUGGUGCGAGGAACAGGAACGGGCCGGGCCGGACUGGGAACACGCACCACUGACAUGGUGCGAGGAGCAGGAACGGGCCGGACUGGGAACACGCACCACUGGCCUGGUGCGAGGAGCAGGAACGGGCCGGGCCGGACUGGGAACAUGCACCACAGGCCUGGUGCGAGGAGCAGGAACGGGCCGGGCCGGACUGGGAACACGCACCACUGGCUUGGUGCGAGGAGCAGGAACGGGCCGGGCCGGACUGGGAACACGCACCACUGGCUUGGUGCGAGGAGCAGGAAUGGGCCGGGCCGGACUGGAAACACGCACCCCUGGCUUGGUGCGGGGAGCAGGAACAGGCCGGGCCGGACUGUGGAGGCGGACUGGAGGUCUGGAGCGGAGAGCUGGCACAACCCAUCCUGGCUGGAUGCCUACUUCCGCACAGUAUGUGUGAGGCAUCAGCACAGGACGCACUGGGCUGUGCACGCGCACUGGCGAUACAGUACGUAUAACCGGCGCAGGAUAUGCGGGACCGAGAAGGCGUACUGGAGACCAGGAGCGUUGAACCGGCACAUCCCGUCCUGGCUGGAUGCCCAUCUUCGCACGGCACGUGCGUGGUGCUAGCACAGGACGUACAGGACUGUGCCGGCGCACUGGCGACACAGUACGUAGCUCCGCAUAACACAGAGCCUGCCCAGUCACACGCUUCCUCGCGUGAGUACGGGGAGUUGGCUCUGCUCUAACACUAGGCUCCGCCAACCACCCUUUUAGCCCCCCCAAAAAAUUUGAUUGCGGCUGUCUCUCGGGCUUCUUCCUCGGCCGGCGUCUUCUGCGUUGCCGUUACUCCUCCCAAAGACGGCGAUCCAUCCCAGCCUGAAUCUCCUCCCAAGUCCAGGAUCCCUUACCGUCCAGGAUCUCCUCCCAGGUCCAGGCUGUCUGCUCCAGGGCAUGCUGCUUGGUCCAUGUUUGGUGGGAUCUUCUGUCACGUUCGUUCAAGGACGGGUCAGACCAAGGCGCAGCGUGAAAUGCGUACAUGUUUAUUAAACAGAAUAAACACACGACAAAACAAUAAACAAACGAAACGUGAAGUCCUAAGAUAACACACAACAAACCUAAACACGGAAUAAGAUCCCACAACCCAUGAAUGCCAGUAGGCUGCCUAAGUAUGCUCCCCAAUCAGAGACAACGAGCGACAGCUGCCUCUGAUUGGGAAACACACCCGGCCAAACAUAGAACUACAAACCUAGAUCACAAACAUAGAAAAUACAACAUAGAACAUUCACACCCUGACUCAACAUAUAAGAGUCCCCUGAGUCAGGGCGUGACAUACAUACUAACUGUUUGUAGGCCUAUACUGUCAUUACAUUUAUUUGCCAAUUAAUUGAAUGCACUGAAUGGUGAAUUAACUGACAUUAAAACAAAGGAUGAACUUUAGAAUACUGCUCCAUUCAAAAGCAAGGAAAAAACAAAGGACCGAAAACAAUACAUCAUUGAUUUGCGUUUGUCUAGACAGAGAUCAGUGCUGUGUUUGGUUUGUAGCCCAACCCCAUGCAUCUCUCUACUCAAACAUCAGUCAUAUUUUGAUGUAAAUUACGGUCAAAACAUCCUUUCUGAAUAAAAUAGUCCCAAUGUCUGCAUGUCUUUAGGAAGAUGUGAUACUAUAACUACUACAGAUGUAGGAUCUUAAUUUGAGCCAGUUUGCUACAGCAGGAAAAUAAUCCUGCAGCAACAGGAAUUAUUAUCUGGAUUAUAAUUCAUGGACAUUUUUGAAGUGGUUGAUUACAAAGUGGAAAUUACAAACUUCAGGAGCCUUUUAAACCUCAAAUACACUACACUGCAUUGCAGGAAAGUUAUCCUGCAACAGGGUGAUCAAAUUAAGAUCUUACAUCUGUACAAGACUAAUUGUCCAGUGAGUGUCUCAUGCUGCAUCUUUGUGUUCUAGGGAGGAUGUGGCGGAGCAGGGUGGUGGUGCAGGCGUCCCAGGGAGACGGGCGUCCCUGUCCCUCUCAGUUGGAGCAGUGGAAACCUUGUCCUGUCAGACCCUGUUACAGGUGGCAGUACAGCCCCUGGUCUGAGUGCAGAGUGGAGGUAGGCUACAACACACACUGUCUUAUUCACUCUUUGACCCUUUCACUCAGUUAUCAUGCACAGAGGAAAUGAUCUGACUUGUGUGUGUGUAUGUGUGUGUCUGUGUGUGUGUGUGUGUAUGUGUGUGUGUGUGUGUGUGUGUGUGUGUGUGUGUGUGUGUGUGUGUGUGUGUGUGUGUGUGUGUGUGUGUGUGUGUGUGUGUGUGUGUGUGUGUGUAUGUGUGUGUGUGUGUGUGUGUGUGUGUGUGUGUGUGUGGUGUGUCUCCCCCAGGAGGUGGUAUGUGGAGCGGGACUUCGCUACCGGAACCUGUCAUGCUUCGUGUCGGACGGCUCCAGAGAGGGAGAGGGCAGCAUGGUGGAGGAGGAGCAGUGUGGGGGUCUGGAGCUGGCUGUCAACAGAGACAAACUGAUCAUACUGAAGGAGACCUGUGUUCUGCCCUGUCCAGGUAAACAACUAGCUAACUGUAUACAGCACUCCUGUCAUAUGUAGGUGUGCUGUUUUUUUAUAUUGUGCAUCAUGGUACAGUGUGGGUGGUUGCAUAGAUCUAGAGAUGAAGCCUAUUCCUGUACAAAAAAAGCAUAGAGAAAAAACAGCACAACACUGUGAAUUCAUAACAUCUUUUUAUAUGCAGAUAUACACAUACAUUACAUCAACAACAAUCUGCUUUGAACUGUAAUAGACGUUCUUUAACCCCAAGAGUUUAAUAAUCCUGACUUGGUUAGCUUUAGUUGUGUUUCUUGCUCUGUUGUCUUUUCUCUAGACCUAUCACUCCAAAUGGAACAAAGCUGUGUGGUUCCCUAUCUCCUCUCUCUCUCUCUGAAGGUGAAUGCUACCUGAUGGAGUGGUCUGACUGGAGCCCGUGUCUGAGUGUGUGUGCCAAAGGGGCCGGCGUGGACUUUGGCUCUGUCCAGGUGCGCUCGCGAGCCGUCAUGGCCCAGGAGCCCGAGAACAUCCAGCUGUGUCCUGACCAGGACUGGGAGUCCCGACCCUGCACUGGUGAGACUGGGAAAACAGGGUUGUAUUCAUUAGGGCACACAAGCAAAAUGUUUUGCAAUGGAAGACGAAAAUGAAUGUUUUUUUAUUGGACAAUUAAGGUAGUCCCUUCCAGCUUCGGUCCUUUUUCUUCCAUUUGGUGCCUAGUGAAUACGACCCAGGUUUUAUGUUUGCACCGAAGUCAAAUAACAAUGCCCAUGAGGAAUUUAUUUUACCAGGUCAAAAUAUGGCAAAACAAAUUCCUCAUGUUUAUGUACAGUACUAGCAUUGUCCCUCAGGCAUCUUAUUCAUGGGAUAGACUAGAGCAUAGAGUGUUAUGUGAAUCCCCAACCCCCCACUACGUCCCCCUGGGCUCUGGCUGGGGAGUCCCUCGUCUUCUCACCCACUGCUGCGGCCGCCCCACGGCAGCCAUCGCUGGAAUGACCUGGUUUAUAAGCAUCACUAUGGGCCCAUGAGGGAGAGGGGAUGGGGUGGCCCAGCGCUCUGGGACAGAGAGGAGGGGGAGACAGGGGAUAGAGAGGAGAAACAGGAGAGAGAGGAGUGAAAGAGAGAGAGGGGAGAGGUAGAGAAAGCAAUAUAGGGAAUAAAGAGAGAGAGAGAGAGAGAUAGAAACAGCUCAGAUCAUUAUACCCUGACAGAUAACAGUAUAAAAAAUGUAUUGUAUUGAUUGUAGUGAUGAUAAUGUAGCUAGCGAGCACUGAGAGAUAAAUCUCUAUUUUUUCAUGGUUAGAUUGUUCAUUUACGAUGGAGUUGAACUACUUGUGCAGGUGAUUAGUUACAUAGGGCUCCCUAAAGAAUACGGGUCAUUUGGAGUACUGAUGGAGAUAUUGAUAAAACAUUAACAGCGUUCAUGGUAAGCCAUCUAGCAAAAGCCUGAGCCUUUCAUCCAGAAUGUAAAAAUCGAACCACACCCCUCUGUUCAAUUCAGUUCAGUUUAAUUCAGUAGAACUGAUCUGAAUUCAAUUUGGCUCUGUUCUGUACCUGGCUUAAUGACUCAUCGAUAUCAUUAUGUCUUGUGCUGUUACAGAUGGGGAGUGUUAUGAGUACAAGUGGAUGAGCAGCACAUGGUCAGGCUCCUCUCGCAUCACCUGGUGUCAGCGCUCUGAUGGACUCAACGUCACAGGUAGACACUACUAAACCUUUAAUGGUGCAUAAAUGUACUUCUUUCCAUAUGCCUUAUUAUAGUUGACAUCAAAGUCUAAAGAUCUGCCCAAUCACAUGCCAUCUGAUCCUUCUUUGGUGACCUUUGACCUACAGGAGGAUGUCCCCCUAUCAAUCCUCCAGGGGAUGACAACAACUCCUGUGGCCCACCGUGUCAAAUGCCAAUGUCCUUCUGUUACUGAGGUGAGCUGUUCACGGGUAGUCAUCUAUGUUUAGUGAGAGUGGUUCAAAUUAGGUUUGUGCUCUGAACACGUUGCACUUCAGUCCAUUCUAGCAUGGCCAGAUAGUGACAAGCUGACAACCGUGGUUGUGUCUGAAAGCAUUACUAGCUGUCAUCCUUGUCUCCUCAAUUCCUCUCAAAGUGCAUCAGAGGAGAGGAUCCAUGGUCCUCCCUCUGACCUCCUCCUCCAAUUAGAUUUGAAAGAAAUUGAGGAAACAAGGACAAAGGAACCAAGGAUUUGACAGAUAGUAACCUAUUCAGACACAGCGGUGAACUGUAUUUGUGUAACACUGCCCUCUCCAGGCUGGCAUGUGCAUGUGCGAAGGAGGGCUACACCGAGGUGAUGUCCUCCAGUGGCCAGCUGGACCAGUGCACCCCCAUCCCAGUUCUGGAGAUCCCCACAGCCGGGGACAAGAAGACUGACGUGAAGACCAGCCGUGCCAUCAACCCCACCCUGCCUGCCACCAUACAGCCUGGACGCACCGGACGCACCUGGUACCUGCAGCCCUUUGGACCAGGUGAACCAGCUACGUCACUAGCGUAGAAGUAGGGAACACACAUUCAGUAACUUGCAGGUGCAGGGUACAAAAAGUAAACCCAUGAUAGAGGCUGCGGGGCAUUAUUUCUUACAAGAUCCAGCUACGUCGACCACAGUAAAUAGCUUUUAUAGCUUUUGGUUUAAGAGAGUUACAUUUCUGCACACUCUUCUGACAAUAGCAAAUAUAGCAAGAAUGUAAAGUGAUGGAGGACCAGUUUGGAUCUGCUACUCUUGCAUUAUUGCUAAAUAAGUGCAUGAAAUGAAAAGGAAGCACUUGGCUGAUGUUUUGUUAGAUGCUGCAACAGGAUUGUAGCCAAUACAGGAGAUACCAUGUAUUAUGCUAAUUUCCUGUAUGCUCUUACCUAAUAUGAACUGCUUUAACAUUUCUAAAGACCAAAAUGCUUUGUUAACAACAUAGUGCUUUCUGGUUAGAGCGCUGUAUGUCACUGAGGCAGUAAGUGGAACUUGGGCUCUUACCAUUUUCAACAGAUUGAGACUGUCUAAACAUGUCCUUCAAUGCACAAUUCAGACCAACAUUUUCAAAGCCAGAAAUGAAUGGAAACUGGCAUAUGUUGCCUUGCAUUGCUAAUCAACGAAAACAUGUCCAUUUUGUAAAUUGCGGAACUAAGUGAAAGCGCUGAAGACUACUUUCAAAAGGAUGCCAUCAUCAACCUUGUGUUCCUUCCUUAAUCCAGUUCCGUUAGAUGCAAGUGCUGGACAAAUGAAUUGUUCUUCCCAAUUCUGAUUGUGUUACUGACACAGUCAGCCGUGUAGCCAGCUGAACUGACAGCCCUCCCUCCUCCACAGAUGGCAGGCUGAAGAUGUGGGUGUAUGGUGUAGCAGCCGGAGCCCUGGUGCUGCUCAUAUUCAUAGUGUCUAUGAUAUACCUAGCUUGGUGAGUCCGCACUGAUCUUGUCCUUUUUCAGUCGUUUUUAGUCAUCCAUCCCUUUAUCAUUCAUAAAAAAUCCCCAUAGUGAUUUGUUUUGUCCGAUUACAUUUUAGAUUUUGAACCCCUUCAUUUAGUCGUUAGUCAGUUCAACCCCCUCAUCUUUUUGGUUUAUUUAUUGUUUUGUUGUUAUUUGUUUUGUUGUCUUCAUGCCAUCUGUCGCCAGCAGCAGUUACAGUGUCAUCCGCCGCCAUCCUCAGGCCACCGAGUCCAACGCCAAUGGGACGGUGGUCUGGAUGGGCCAAAAUGCACAUGAGUUGACUUAUACGUGCCCCGAUUGCCAAGAAUUGGGCCAAAGCAGUAGCCAAAGCAGUAGCCAAAGCAGUGGCCAAAGCAGUGGCCAGGGAAGCAGCUAAAGCGGAAAAGUGGGUGGCCAUACGAGUAGCUGCAGUGCCCAUCGUUGACCCCUGACCUGUGACCCCUCCACCCGUGUCACAUGACAUGUCCCGCUUGACUAGCUGUGUGAAGUUGCUGGUGCAGGUGAGGUCCCAGGAAAUCACCUUCUAGGGGUCCCUCUUACUGUAGGUGGUAGGCUCCGGAUAGAACCUGGUCGUAGGUAGGCUUCCGACUUUAGGAUAAGCUUACCUUCCCCAAAUCAUAAACCUAAACCAUUAGAGCAGUGGUCUCCAGACACACCCAAUUACUAAUCAACUACUCAAGAUUAAGAUUAGUUGACUCAGGAGUGUUAGUGUUGGCCUGGAACAAAAUCUGUGAUCAGGGUUAGUGACUACUAAUGUGACUACCAUUGACUAAUUCAACCCCUAUUAAGAGUCAUUCUGGCCUUUUCCUGUAGCAGGAUUUCCAAAACUCGGUCCUGGGCCCCCCCCCAAGCAUUACACAGCUGAUUCAAAUAAUCAACUAAUCAUCAAGCUUUGAUCAUUUGAAUCAGCUGUGUAGUGUUAGGGCAAUAACCAAAACAUGCACACCAAGUUUGGGAAACGGUGCUUGUAGACUAAUUUGUUUUCUUGAAUGUAAAAUCGCACAAUGAUGAUGUCAUACUGCCCUCUGGUGGCCAUGACAGAUAUCUACUAUCUUUUAGAGCUGGAGCAACAUUCCCCUGCUUUUACCCAAUCCCCUCUGCCAUCUCAUCCCUGUUUAUUCUCUAUUUACCAUACAUUGUCACAUACAUGUAUUAUGUUGCUUACGUUUGUUAUGCACGGAACACCAAUUGUUGAGGAUGGUCACGUUCACAUUACCAUCAAGAAAUAUGGACACAUGCAGUAGAAGUAAGCAUUUAUGCAUGCAUCUUUUUGAGGCAUUAAUGAUUGCAGGACAACAGUAGUGCUUCUCUUUUCCUAGGAUGGUGAUGUUUGCUAAAUAGCUCUGUAAUAUUCUUGCAUUGUCAGAGCUGAUACAAAAGGUACUUUAUAGCUCAGAGCCAUAGAAGUCAAGUGAAGCAUGGCCACAGAUAUGAAUGCAAAUUAACAUACUAAUACCUUUAACUUGCUUUUUAUAUUUUUGAUAUGCCUAUGUCUUCCGAAAUGUCAGUUUUAUAGAGAUAUAGUUCAUUUGGAACAAUCACAGCGAUAUGUUAGAACUGACAUAAUAGUAUGCCACUUUCUAGUGUUGGUGGUAUUUUACUUGCACUGUAGUGUAUAGAUUGUAAGGCAUGGGUAGUAACAUGUUGUCUACUCUUCCUCUUAGCAAAAAGCCAAAGAAACCACAGAGACAGAGGCAGAUGAACAACCGAUUGAAACCUCUCACCCUAGCCUAUGAUGGGGACGCUGACAUGUAG